AGGAGAGGAAGAAAAAAAGAGAAGCCACAGAGAAACAACACCCAACAACUAGGAGGGGGGAAGAAAGAAAGCAAAGAAACCCACCCACCCAUCAAAAAAAAAAAAAAAAAUCCUGUGGCGUGCAGCCUGGUUCCUGGGAAGACUCGCCAGCACCAGGGGGUGGGGGAGUGCGAGCUGAGAGCUGCUGGAGAGUGAGCAGCCCUAGCAGGGAUGGACAUGAUGCUGUUGGUGCAGGGUGCUUGUUGCUCGAACCAGUGGCUGGCGGCGGUGCUCCUCAGCCUGUGCUGCCUGCUGCCCUCCUGCCUCCCGGCUGGACAGAGUGUGGACUUCCCCUGGGCGGCCGUGGACAACAUGAUGGUCAGAAAAGGGGACACGGCGGUGCUUAGGUGUUAUUUGGAAGAUGGAGCUUCAAAGGGUGCCUGGCUGAACCGGUCAAGUAUUAUUUUUGCGGGAGGUGAUAAGUGGUCAGUGGAUCCUCGUGUUUCAAUUUCAACAUUGAAUAAAAGGGACUACAGCCUCCAGAUACAGAAUGUAGACGUGACGGAUGAUGGCCCGUACACGUGUUCUGUGCAGACUCAACAUACGCCGAGAACAAUGCAGGUGCAUCUAACUGUGCAAGUUCCUCCGAAGAUAUAUGACAUCUCAAGUGAUAUGACCAUCAAUGAAGGAACCAAUGUCACCCUUACUUGUUUGGCCACUGGGAAACCAGAGCCUUCCAUUUCUUGGCGCCACAUCUCCCCAUCAGCCAAACCAUUUGAAAAUGGACAAUAUUUGGACAUUUAUGGAAUCACCCGGGACCAGGCUGGGGAAUAUGAAUGCAGUGCUGAAAACGAUGUGUCAUUCCCAGAUGUGAGAAAAGUAAAAGUUGUCGUCAACUUUGCUCCUACGAUUCAGGAAAUUAAAUCUGGCACUGUGACCCCUGGACGCAGUGGAUUGAUAAGAUGCGAAGGUGCAGGUGUGCCGCCUCCGGCGUUUGAAUGGUACAAAGGAGAGAAGAAACUCUUCAAUGGCCAACAAGGAAUUAUUAUUCAGAAUUUUAGCACAAGAUCCAUUCUCACUGUUACCAAUGUGACACAGGAGCACUUCGGCAACUAUACUUGUGUGGCUGCCAACAAGCUGGGCACAACCAAUGCGAGCCUGCCUCUUAACCAAAUUAUUGAGCCUACUACCUCUAGUCCUGUCACAAGUCCAGGUCAGUAUCCACAUACAUUCACAAAGUAUGUUUGGGUACUUUUUCCAUUAAACAAGGCCUUCAUAUCAUAGAGAUAAACGGAGUUGAUCAUGGGCCGCAUGCUGGCGGUGCUGCUGUAAUGUCUGUUACUUGUCCUCGUCUAUCUGUGAUUUGUCCUUCCUUUGGAUUUUGUGAGCCGACCCUUGUUGGAAGUUAACAUCUUUUUUUUUUUUUUUCCCAUUCUAUAGGGCUUAUGCAGUAAAUAUCUGUCACAUUGUAGAACAGUUGUAAGGUGAUUAGCUUCUGCAAUGGCAUUGCAAACAGAGCUAUAGAGAGUUUACAAGGUUUUCUGAGUAGCUAUUAAAAAACUAUUUACUUGGGCUUGGUAUUACAUUAUUAUAAAAUCAUUAUGAAGCAGGAAGGCAUUUAGUGCUCCUAAAAGGAACAAUAGCUGGAGGAAAACCUAUACUUCUGCUCUUGCAAUAUUAUACUGGGAGAUUUUUGGUCUCUUGAAACUGUCAAGUCAAAGGACUUAUUUCACUUGUUGGGCUUUAUUUCCAGAGUGUUCCUAAUUCAACCACAAAUUCUCAGUCUGAAAAGAUAGGCCAUUGCUAUAAGUGUGUUUUGGAGAGUUGCUUUCAACAGUGAACAUUCCUGAGUGACAUGAAAUCGAGAUAAAAGCUAUUGAUAUUAGAAACAAUCUUUAUCUUGUUAUAUAGGAAUUUAGCAGUUCAUUUUGAAUGUUGGCUGCUGGCUAUUUUAAGAAAAAAGUGGAAGUGCUGAAGUUGUUUAGCUUUGAAAAGUUCAUAGGGAUUUCUUAUAACUGCUGAGUUAAAGGAUUUGUUGAUGCUGCCUACCCAUAAAGAGGUGUAAGUUAGUUAAAUAGUUGUUUCUCCUCUCAUUCCAGAAAUGGCACUAAAUUUUAGUCUAAAACAGGAUUUGCUGAUUUGAGAAACUGAGUGUUUAAGAAAUGAAAAAAAAAUUCUAUCUCAGAUUGUAAUCAAUCAAAAAUGCUUUAAAUUGCUUUAGAUGAUUAUGAAUUACCCCCACCCCCAAAAUGAAGCAAGUUUGAGCAAGUCUAUGAUUAUGUAUUUAAAGAAUCUCAUAAUAUAACACUUUUGAGUCAAAUUAUAGAAUACAUUUUCAUAACCUCUCAAACAAGCAUAUUUGAGUAGUUUGUUUUAAAUUAUCUUAUAGUUGAUGCAUAUAACUUUCAACUAUGUGAUUAAUAACAGUUACCUAUUUUACAGAUGAGUUAAUAUCUUCUUAAAUUUGAGUGUCAUAUUAAAAUGAGUAUAAUUAGAACUACCAGUAAUCUGUAUCUCAUUUUUAUUUCUUUUCUGUUUUAAAGAUUUAUUUUAUUUAUUUGGAAGGCAGAGUCACAGAGAGAGAGGGAAAGACAGAGAGAUUUUCCAUCUGUUUUUUCACUCCCCAAAUGGCUGCAACAGAUAGGACUGGGUUAGACAGAAGCUAGGAGCCGGAAGUUUCUUCUAGGUCUCCCACGUGGGUGACAGGGGAUAAGAUACUUGGGUCGUCUUCAUCUGCCUUCCCAGGCACAUUAGCAGGGAGUUGGAUUGUAAAGGGAGCAGCCGGGACUCAAACCAGUGCCCAUAUGGGAUGCAGGCACUGCAGACAAUGGCUUGACCCGCUGUGCCACAAUGCCAGCACCUGAAUCUCAUUAAAAGUUGUAAAGACCUACCAGCUCUGAUUUCUAGGAAUAUUGAUGGCCUUUACUGAAUAAUAUAACCUCAGGUUCAUAUGAGAUUUUAGAGUUAAUCUGGUUAGUAAACCUUAUUAUCUCCUUUUCUCCAUCAGUUUUAAAAAGAAUAUUAAGUAAUUUCCAUACUCCUAUGUUACCUAGUGAUUUGAAACAGAAAUUAGCUAAGUACUUACUUUCCUUCUUAGUCUGUGGCCCUAAUUAUUGGAUGAUGCCCUUAUAAAUUAAAAGGAUAGAGUACCAUCCUUAUCUAAUCAAAUAAAGAAAAUUGAAAUACAAAGAACUUUAAAAGGUAAAAUAUGGUGACAUCCAGUAACAUUGUGUUUGUUGACUUCAAAUUUUUGAAAAAUAGGUUUAUUGAGAAUAAGUAUAACAAGGUUUUUUUUAAGUAAUCUAUCUAUAUCAAAACCUCCUUCAAUGGUAGAAACAUUUUCAAAGAUAUUCGUGUUUUAAAAGUAACAAAAAAUUGUUUUUACUUUUAAGAAUAAGAAAGGUUCAUAAUUCUUCCCACAGUAUAUAGCAUACAGGUGAAAAUACAAACUUUGUAGUAAAUUGCCAAGGUGUGAAUCCCAACUCUACCUUUCAGCUGUGUCAGUUUCAUCCAAUUACUUAAGCUCUCUUGGACUCAGGUUGUUCCUUUGUAAAACUCAAUGGAGGUGCAGUAAUCAUGGUACCCACCACAUAGACUUAUUAUGAAAGUUGAAUAAGUCAGUAUUGAUAAAAUAUAUCUCCUGUUAUAUACAGAUAUAGAAAAAAUUUCAAUAACUUACAUAAAGACAAAAAAUGAACAAUAUAGUCUUUCAAGUAUCCUAAGACCUAAUAUCUGUUGCCUGUACAAUUCCCAAGCAACAGACAUUAUGUCCCCCAAUUGAUCAAUUUGUUGAUAAGGUAAAAUGUUUUGACGCUAUGAAAACUGAAUUCAUUAGGACUGCAAUUGUUCUUUUUUAAAAAUUGCUGUCAGAAAAGUUGGUAAAUAUGUGUUGAAUUGAAUUGAGCAAUGGGAAAACAAAUGCAGCUGUAAAUGAAACUCACCCUCCAUUAAUUGUGAAUUUGUUAAAAGCCUCUAGGGAACAGUUUGGUUAGGCAGAGAUUUAAAGAGUGUAUGGUGAUAGCAGGAUUCAAACAGUGGUCUAAAUGAUAAACAAAAGCUUUAAAACUAUGUGCAGUCUGCUGAGAGAGAUACCAAGAGAAGAAUUUGGCAAUAUAUAACCCUAGGCAAAAGAUCAUUAAAGGCACAUAGGAAAAUAAUUUGCUCAAUGAAUAACGCCAAACGUUUAAAAGUUCCAGUUGUUUUAAAUAAAGCUUUUUUUAAAAAAAAAAUUAUCCAAAUAACAAUAGUGAAUGAAAGUUCUCAUGAAAGUGUGCAGGAGAUAGGAAAUAUUAUCUUAUCUCACAAACUAGUCCAUUUGCUGCUUCUACAUAAGUGGCAAAAGAGAAUAUAAAAUAACAACACAGACCUCCUAUUUCCUACUAUUACUUCCCGAGAGUUAAAUCAAAGAUAAAGUGGAUAUAGUUAUAAAAAUAUUGAACACACUGAGAAUAGAAUGAAGAAAGUGGAUUUAUAUCAUUUAUGUGCAUAAGUUUAAGAAAUGGAGAUCUUGAAGACAUAACUUACAUUUUUAUAUAUUCCUGACAAGUUAGAAUCUGUUUCAAUUGAAAGGAAUGAAAACUGAAUUAUUAAUGUCAUUAUUCAAGAAAAGGCCACAAAAUAUAGCAUGUAAUGAGAACAAAAGAAAACUAUUCUUUGGUCAGUCUCAAAGUUUUAAAGGUAAGGGGCAUUUUCCUGAUGAAUGAGAUAUGCAGUGAAUUUGAAAAUUUAGACUACUUUUAUUGUAAUUGCCAUGUUAACAGCAUGCUACAGACUGUAAGUUUUUCUGGUCUAUAUUCUGGGCAUCAAGAUAAAAAAAUUACUACCAUUGGGUCAAUAACACCAGCAUCCUAUUAAAUCACUUACACUAUUUCCAUUUAACCAAAAAUAACAUGCAUUCUGGUGCUAACCUUUGGAGUUUAUUUUAAUUUUAACAUUAGACUUACAUUUUUUAAAGAGUGGAAAGGAGAUUGAGGUUGUCUACUUGGAAUAACAAUUAUUCCUAAAAGUAUUGGUUUGCUAGAACAUCCUACCUGUUCUUGAGUAUGUAAAAAAAGUACAUUCUGUUGAGACCUUGAUCACAAAUCAAUGCUGACUCAAUGAACAAUGAUGUCCUACUUCUGUUUUUAUAUUCUUAGUCCAUAACUAUCUACAUCACAUCAAAGUAAUCAUCGAGAAAGUUAAAGUUUUAGCCAAACCAGCAUUCACUUAGCUUCUUAUAGAUUCAGAACAUUAAUAAAUACUAAUUCAGCCAACCUUUUUAGUGCAAAGGCAGAUUAAAAUUAAGCAGUUUAUUUAAUGCACCACAGAUGCCCUGCCUAGCAUUUGUCGUUACUUUGUCGCUAGAAUUAACCUUCAGCAGACAUCAACUGAAAAUUAUUAUUCUGCAAGUAAUGUAACUUUUAAAUACAUUCCAUCGCUAUUCAUAAUAAAAAUGAUCCUAUGCAUGUAUCUUUUGGUAAAUGGAGAAGUGGCUAAAAAUAUUUUUAUAUAGGAUGAUAAACCAAAAAAUUAAACACAGACCCCUCAGUUGGACUUGGAAAUAUUAGUAUUUUAAAACAUCUAAUAUAAAAUAAGUUACAUUUACAAGAGUUUUAAAUUGUUUUUAAGUCCAUGAAAGAAGCCUAGUUUUAUACAAGAGAUGAGGAAGGAGACAAAACAAUUGCUUUACCAACGAUCACUCAACCAGGGUAUGGCAAAACCAAAAUUAAAAUGCCAGGGCUUUGCCAUCAAAUAUGUGUAUGAUGUGCCUCACUUUAAACAACAGAAAUUGUUUUCUUUUUGGAAAAAUAGAGUGAUGUAAUGUUUGUAAAGUGACAUAUUGGACUUCCUCAGAAAACAGCAUAUCAGGAAAGGAAAUCCCAUUUUAAAUUGAGUAAGUCUUAUUUGAUUCCUCUACUUAUCAAAUAAGUUUUCACUUUGUAUGCUUACUGAGUAUUAUUAAAAAGGAAAAUACCUUUAUUUAACUUAGCCCAGGAAGCCUUCUUACCCAAGUCCUCUGAAGAAUAUAGUUCACUAUUUAGCAAACAUUUACUGAGUAACAACUAUAUCAAGCAGUGAGUGCAGGGAACAUAUGGUUAUUAUCCUAAAUGGGUUUAUAAUCUACUAAGGAGACAAGCAAAUGUGUAGCUAACCAUUAUUUAAUAUAAUGUAUUCUGUAAUUUCAGCCUAAAGAAAGAAGCAGACAAUUUUGCCUGGAGGAAAUCUUUGCAUAUUUGAGCACAGUCUUCACAGAUUAGGUGUAAUUGGCAAGGAAUAGCAGCCAAGAGGUAGCCAAUCUACAAGAGUAAGGGUGAAUGCUGGCUUGAUUUCUGUGUCUAUAUAUAAAACCGUGUCUUGCAGGUCCUUCAUGGAGAUGGUUUCAGGUGGUUUCCCCAAAACUAGAGUCACUUAAUAAAGACUUUUCACUAAAAAAAAGGAGGUGGGGAGGGGGUUUACAAUCAAAUAGCUGCAAAAGACCUUUUGGUUUACAUUAGGUGGUAUCUAUUAUGAUCAUUUUUUGAAAUUUUUCUGGGAAGAAGAUAAUAUAAUAGAAAAGACAAAAUCAAUUUACCACCAAUUGGAAUAAAAUUCACUCUUUUGCAUAAUUUUAUAUUAAUAGAGGUUCCUAAAAUACUUUUAUGCUAGCAAGGCUUACAGUAAUCAAAGUAGGAUGUGAAACAAGGUUUUUUUGUUUUCAAAGAUUUAUUUUUUAUUUAUUUGAAAGGCAGAGUUACAGAGAGAUGAAUGAGAGCGAGAAAGAGGUCUUCGAUUCUGCUGGUUCACUCCUCAAAUGGCAUCAACAGACAGGGCUGGGCCAGGCUGAAGCCAAGAGCCCAGAGCCCCCUCCAGGUCUCCCACAUGGGUGCAGGGGCCCAAACACUUCAGCCAUCUUCCAUUGCUUUUCCAAGCACAUUAGCAGAGAGCUGGAUUAGAUAUGAAGCAACUGGUUCUCAAAUGGUCGUCCAUAUGGGAUGCACGACUUGUGAAACCAGGUUUCCUUAUUGCAUCAUCGAAUUGUAUGAUUGUAGCUAAUUAUCAAGAAUUUAUAUUUCCUCAAGAAAUUGAUGAAUGAAUCAGUGGUUUAGAAAACUAUAUAGUCCACAGGGUUACUGCAUAAGAAGGAUCUCACAGGUACCAGUAGUGUGUUCCAAUAAAACUCAUUCGUGUUUAGAAAGGAUUGGAAAAUUAUCAAUGAAACAUUAAGCAAAUUCCUUGUAGCAUGAAGCUUGAGUAAUGUGUCUAUUUGUUUAACAAACAGAAAAUUCAAAAACAUCAAUGACUAGAUCAAAUGCAUAUGCCUUACUAUACCUGAAUGGAUGGAAGGAUAAAUGGAUGACAAAUUUAUGUAUGAAUAUAGAUCUAUAACAUUAGAAAAGUGAGGAAACUGGGAAAUUAAAACUAAGCCAACUUAUGUAGUUCUGUCAGUUCCCAGGGACUUAGAAUCUAAAUGAGUCUCACACCACAGCAUUCAGUAGAGAUGCAGCUGCCCCAGCACACAUCUUUAUGAAUCUCCUAUUUCCAUGGAUGACAGAACAUGAAAACAGAAUGUAUUAAUAAAACACAAUAUGUGCUACAAUACAAAUAUGUAAAAAGCACUCUAGGAACUCUAUUCCAGUCUGAGGAGCAGGAGAAAAGACCUUCUGGAGAAAGUGGUUCCUGGAUUUGUAGUUUAAACUUGAGAACAAAGGAGGAAAACCAUUCUACACCAAGCAAGUUCAAUAUGGGUGAAGGAACAGAGAGAUAAAACAACACAGUGCCCUUGAGGACAACUACAUGUCAUUUCUGGACAUAAAUAGGGCACAGAAAAGGGAACAGGACUAGGGAAGUAGAAAAAUCUGGACCCUGAAAGUUCUUAUGUACCUGGCUUGGAAGCUUGGUCAGUUUAGUCUUCAAUAUAAGUUUAUGAUUAAGUAUUCUUACGUAACUCUGAGGAUAAGGGUGAAGAAUUAAUUGUUAUGAGUAAAUGGUAUCAGAAAAGGUUAUUGUAUAACACCAGGAAAGAGAUGAUGAGAGCCUAAAAAAGGACAACAGUAGUAGGAAGGAAAGAAUGGAAGCAAUUCAAGCAUCAUUGAAAGAUCAGUACAUCAGGGCUUGGUUAUUCAUUAGAUUCAGAGGAGAGGGAGAGGAUGACACAAUGACCCAUUUCUAUGAGUAGGUAGGUAGUAGGGACACAAAUGGAGAUAGCGAAAAUACCUCGGAUGCUGUGACAAAUGGUUUGGACUUUAUCCUGUUGUAUGGAAAUGGAUUCAGCAUUUGCUUUAUUUUAAAUAGAGGAAUAAUAUUACUUUGGUGUUGUGAAAAUAUCAUUGUAUAAAAUGAGAAAAUUAAGAAUGAGGGCUAGGAAGUGUCGAGCAGUCUGUGAAAGCACGGCCUCUGGUUACGUGUGGUACCAUCUCUUAGGAAAAUGAUUAUCCGACAACAAACACCUCUCCACAAGUUGCAUGGUAAGUUCCUACAAAAUAGAUAUGAAACUUCUGGUAUUGUUUCAAAAUUUAUUUUUAGGAUUUGUUAAGGUUUGAGAGUUUUUCCCUAAUUUGAAACAAUCAAGAUUCCAUUAUUCUCUGAUUGUUAGUGUAAGGAAUAUAAGACAACUCAGAAUGUAUUUCAAAUUCCAACGUUACAUGCCUGAAUAUAGUGAAUUUAGAUAUUAAUUAUAAUUAUCCAUAAUUAGUGGAUUAAUUUUCAGAAAAAAUAGCACAGCAGAAAACCUAUGAUGUAAUUUAGGAUGAUACUCUUUUUAAAAAUAAUGGAAAAACUGGUAUACUCUCUCCUAAUUUUUGCUUCACAUUGUUUAUUCAAUCAUGUUUUUUCUUGACCUAUCUUCAGAUCUAUCUCAGAAUAUCAUUUUAGGGUAUUUUCAUCUACUUAGGACACAGAGUAAAGCACCACCAAUAUGUGUAUCAGUGCUUCAAAGUCACAUACUACAUGUGUUAGUUACAAAUCUUUAAUAUGCUAAAGUCCAAAAUGGAUCUCGUUGGCUAAAAUAAAAAUAUUUGUGGAGCUGUAGGGGAAAAAUCUGUUUCCUGCCUUACCAGCUUCUAGAGGGGCCCACUUUCUUUCACUCAUGUUCCUCUUCCGUCUUCAAAGCCAGAAGUAGCCAUUCAGGUCUUCCCUCUAUCAUGGCACCUUGAGACUGCCUCUUCUGCCUGCCUCUUCCACAUUUCAGAACCCUCAUGAUUACUUUGGAUGCAUGCCAGUGACAGGAUAAUCUUCCUAUUUUAAGGUCAACUAAUUAGCAACCAUAAUUUCAUCUACCAAGGAACCUUCAAGAAUCAGGAUGUGAACAUUUUUGGAAGGCCAUUAUUCUCCCUAUCAUACCAGGUGAACAACUAAUUCCUUUUCUGUGCAUCUAAUAUUUUCCCUUCAAACCUGCCAAGCCUCUUUGGAUUUGUCUGAUAUUCAAGACAAAUGAAUGUUGAUGUUUUAUAUGUUAAAUGUUCUUGUGCAAUAAUUUUACUGUAGAAAUUGUGAAAUGUUCUUUAAAAUUUUGUAAUUGUGAGAACACAUUGCUACCAACAGUAUUAUAAUACUUUUAAAACAAAUCAACUGAUAUUACACACAUACCUGUCUGUAAAACAAAAAGACAAAAGAUCUUUAUGUAAGAGAUAAAUCCCCACUGGCCCAGCAAAUAAUUAGAGAAGGCACCUAUAACAUGAAAGAAUCAGAAACACAAGUAAAUCUUGAAACAAUUGGAGUUAAUGAUUUUUCAGUCUAAGAAGUGAUUAGUCUUUCAACACAGCAUGUAGGAAAUGGUUCCUUUCCUGGACAAAGGAUUCUGUAGAUGCCAACAAAUACUUGCUUAUAGUUGUUCUAAAAAGGGACACAUAUAUUUUAAGUUACCUUUAAUUCUGGAGUGCUAAAGGUAAACAGAAAAGGAACAAUGCACUUUAAUGGAGAUUUUUUUUUUUUUUUAAUUUAGAAGAAUAGGGUAAAAUGAUUGGAAGGUGAGCUCUCUGAUUUUGCCUUUAUCACCUUUGGGUAACCUGGUUUCUGUUUACUGCCCCUUUGCCGCCUCUAGAACGCCAGUAUCCUCAGUCAGUCAUCAGCCAGAGCUUCUCAUGCAACUUGGAAUCCAGCACAAGGGUUAUCAUAUGAAAUUAGACAAUGUUUUCUAGGUCUUGUUAUCAGAUCAGUUAUUAAACCAAAGCAUGAAUGUGUGAUAGUCCUAGUGAUGACGAAGCUCAAAUUCACCUUCCUGGGAGUAUUUGUGUUUUAAAAGAAGCUGCUAGUUGAACCCUAAAUAAUUUAUUUCUGGGAAAAGCACUUAGCCUAGUGGUUCAGGAACAAGUUUAGAUGCGUUUAUUCCUUAUCUUAAUACAUAACUUCAAACCCCAAUUCGACUCCAAAUUCUAAAUUCCUGCUAAUGCAGACUCUAAGAGGCAGCAAGUUUUGGCUCAAGUAGUUGGGCCCCAUCACCUCUAUGGGAAACUGCAUUCCCAGACCCUGGUUUCAUCCUGGUCUAGCCCACACCAUUGUGAGCACUUGGAGAAUGAACCAGUGGAAUCAGCAGAUGAGAGCUCUGUCUUUCUCUUUGUCUCUCCUUUCUUCCAUCCAUUCCUCCCUUUCUCCCUCCCUUCUUUCUCUCUACCUUCUCAAAUAAAAUUUUUUUAAAGAUUCAUUUUAUUUAUUCAAAACACAGAGUUAGAGAGAAAGAGAGAGAGAGAGAGAGAGAGAAAGAGAGAGAGAGAGAGAAUCUAUCUGCUGGUUCACUCCCCAAAUGGCUGCAAUGACUGGAGCUGUGCCAAUCAGAAGCCAGGAGCCAGUAGUUUCUUCCAGGUUUCCCACAUGGGUGCAGGGGCCCAAGCACUUGGGCCAUCCUCCAUGCUUUCCCAGGUGCAUUAGCAGGAAGGUCUCAAAAUUUAAAGCUAUUUUUAAACAAUAAAUAAAAAAAUAAUUUAUAUUAAUGAUGGGGAUAUUGUGCAGUGAUAUAGAAACAUGGAAUGGAUGUUAUUAGAUAUGGAGACUUUUUCUUUUCAUAGGCAUCACUAAGUCCAGGCACCCACACCCUUGGACUACCUGGUCAUCCAGAAAAUUGUAGAAGUUUACUUUGCAUCUUCCUUCAAUUUUUUACCUUAAAUAGACUAAAUACAGACUUACAAGAGCAAAUAGACCAUGCUUAUUUCUGGUUCACUUAAAGAUAAUGCACAUACCUAUCUUUCAGUGUUGAGUUAUAAUUUAAGAAGUAUUUUCAAUACUACUUUAAAAAUACAUAUUAAGAUACAUAAAUUAUUUGCAUCAGUGUUUUAUAGACAAGAAAUGUGAAGUUCAGAGAAGUUAUACAAUUUACCCAAGAACACACAAAUGCAGCAAGUAUUUUCUGGGUUCUGGAUUUUCCUGCAUUACAUUAGACAUUUCACAUAUAUUCUCAUCCCAUCUUCACAAAACCCAAUAAUCCAAACUCAUCUGCUAAAUAGCUCCUGGAUAAUGAUCCAAAAUCUGAACCAUUGUAAGUGGAGAGUCCUUGUUUGGGCACUUUUAUUCUAAUAACAGACCAACUAGUUUUCUACCUAAAAUAAACCACCUCUAUUUUGUUCAUCUAAACAAACAAAAUAUGACAUUUUUAACAUCACCUUUUCUGUCUUUGAGAUUCUGUUAGUGGUUUUCAAAAAACCUAUGGACAUAUGGACUUUCUGACUCUAGCCAUGAAGCCAGGCUAUCAGAAAUCUUCCCAGUUCAUAAAAUGACAAUUAUAUUCACUUAUCGCCUUUUAUUGCAUCAGAGUAGUACCGAUGGACUCAGCAAUAAACAAAUGAGCAUGUGAGUUUGCAUCUUUACCAUUAGGCUUUACUUGAAAGGCAUAGAGAGAUAUGGAGAGACACAGACAGAUGAACAGAAAUCUUCCACCUGCUGGUUCAUUUUUUAAAUUCCUGCCAUAGCUGGUCCUGUGGUUGGCUAAAGCUAGGAACCCAGAACUCACUCUAGUUCUCCCAUGCGAGUGGCAGGACUCAACCAGUUGAGCAUUCACCUGCUGCCUCCAAGAUUGUUCAUAAGCAGGAAACUGGAAUCAGAAGCAGAGGUAGUACUUGAACCCAGACACUCUUAUAUGAGAUACAGGCAUCCCAAGUGGCAUCAUAACCACUUUGCCAGAUACCCACUCCACAGGCUUGUUUUUUAGAAAAGUGUUGUGGGGGCAGACAGUGAGCAAUGAUAUCUUGUAUGCCAACUUUACAACUGAUAAUGGAAAGCUGACUAGGUUAACAUCAUAAAUAAAUAUAUUCUAUUAGCAGUAAUCCCUAUAGCUAAGCAAAAAUAGUGACAAGUCUCAUGAAUCAUCAUAAUACAUUCAUAAUACUUUUUUAUCCCUUUUUCUGGCAUUACCUUUUUUAUCAUUCUCUUACAUUUAACCACUAAACCCCCUUGAUUUCAGGAUUUUUUCUCAAAUGAAAUUGAGAUCAUACUCAGGUAUCCAGAGUUUUCUCACAUGAUCUCAUAGUUAGUAUUGACAGAUUGGGACUGUCUACUUUCUUAGAUAAUGAUUUUAAAUUCUUUAAGGGACUAGUGUUGUGGAACAUUGGGAUGAGACACCACUUGUAAUGCUAGCACCCCAUAUCAGAGUUCAAGUCCUGACAGCUCCACUUAUGGUCUACCUUCCUGCUAAUGUGCUUGGUAAGGCAGAGAAUGAUGGCCCAAUUGCUUAGGCCCCUGCCACCCAUGUGGCUCCUGGAUUUAACCUGGCCCAGUCCUGGCUGUUGCAGCCAUUUGGGAAGUGAACCAACAGAAGCAAGAUAUCAGUCUUUCCCACUCUUUUGCUCUGCCUUUCAAAUAAAUCUAAAGAAAUAUUUUUAAAAAGAAAUUACGUUCAAGGAUUCAAGGAUUCGUGGAGUAUCAAUUCACUAAUGCAUGUAUUUAACAUUCUUUUUUGUUGUUGUUCUUGUUAAAGAUUUCUUUAUUUAUUUGAAAGGCAGUGUUACAGGACUUACAUCUGCUGGCUCACUCUCCAAAUGGCUGCAACAGCCAGAGCUGGGCAGAUUCAAAGCCAGGAGCUCCUAGCUUCUUCCUGGUCUCCCACGUGGAUGCAGGGGCCUAAGCAUUUGGGCCAUCUUCCACUGCUUUCCCAGGCCAUAGCAGAGUGCUAAAUAGAAAGCAGAGAAGCCCAUAUGGGAUGCUGACACUGCAGGCAGUGGCUUCACGCACUAUACCACAACACCAGUCCCUCUUUCAAAAUUCUUUAUUAAGUAUCUAUUAUGUGCUACUUGUUGAGUUCAAUAAAAAGAGAAUCUGAGGAGAUAACACUAAGUAUAGUGGUAGAGGAAGGAAUGUGCUCUAUUCUUUUUAUUACCUCAUGUGCCAGAAAUUCCGUUUAUUGUAUGUGUUUAGAAUUGAGGAUAUGUGUUUCCUCAAGAAAUAAAGAAAUCUGGUAACUUUGGUAGUUUCUUGAUUAUUAGUUUUUGCUUUUGUGAAUUUCAAAUGCUUACAGUUCAUCACUCAUCUUGUUGUCUGAAUUUAGCAAAGCAAAGCGAAUUGUGAAGAGACAUUUCCUGUUAUAAUGUACUUAAUGAUGACCUGAUGCUAACAACUCUGUGCUUUUCACAGCCAGAAGAAUAUUGUCACUAGGUGGCACCUCAGUGCUAUAUUCUCUGCUGAAGAUUCAAAGUAUCCACUCCCUGUAUAUAUAUUGGUUUUUGUUGGAAUUUUUUUUUUCACAUGUUCUUUCUUCCUACAAGAACAUUCAGAAGGUUGUGAGCUACAUUAAUCCCUUGGAUGAGGGUUGCUCCAAUAGAUUUAGUAUCAUGUUGAAAUUAUUUAUAACCACUGACAAUUGAACAAUGAAAAUUAAGUCUUGUUGACCAUGGAGCCACACUAUGCCUCAACCUAUUUGUGCUUACUAUUUCAUUUGUUUAAGGCUGAAUAAAAUAGGACAGUAUACUCAGAAAACAUAAAAUAGUGAUUAGAAUGCUCUUAUUUACCCAAAAGGUCUGAAAUCGCCAGUUAUAUUUAGGGCUUCAGGCAUGUCUCAACUCACUUGAGAAGACUGAUGAGAAAGAUGUGGCCCAUGUCCUCAAUGAAAUGUCCUCUGGUAAUGUAGUUAUACAAGUUGAAAAGAUUAGGCUAGAUGACCUCAAAGUUUGCUUUCAAUUCUUAAUUUCUUUGAGUUUCCUAUAAAUUUAUAGAAGGGUAUGGAUAGAAAUCAGCUAUAAAACUGUUUGGGUAUUCCUUAUGGGCUUAUUUAAUUAACUGGUUCCCAGUAGGAUGGGUAUGUAGUCCUUCUGUAAUCUGAAAUGUCUGUAUUGACUGUAGGACUUUACAGUGAGGAAGAUUUAACCGAGACAAAUUUCUGACCCCAAGUUACAAGCCUUGGAACUGAACUCAGGUGAGGAAAAAGAACUCAUCAAAUUCCAAUAGUAUUAGGCUGCUAAAUAAAAUUUCUAAGAAUGAUAAGUUGCAACUAACUUGUCCUUCACUCUGGAAAGCUCCAAACCCCGCGGGUGACAUGACAAUGCAGAAAUUUCCAAUAGCUUCACUUAACCACAGAUUCGAGGGCAUUUGGACUCCUGCUGGAUUUGAUAGAGUAGCAGAAAACAUCUUGUGACAAAGAAAAGUGGGAUAACAGGUAUCUUCUUAAGUCAUAUUUGGUCACCUUUCCAUUUCUUCCAUCUUCUCUCCCAUUUUUUUUUCUGUCCCAGUCACGAUGGUAAAACUACAGAGGAGCUAUGGGUUCACUGAUUUUGCUUAGUUUUCAUAGAAAUUGUUCUUCAAUGUAGGUGGUAAGCAGGAUUUAACAUAAGGUACAAUUCAAGAAUUUGGACCUGUAUCUGCCCUCCAAGAAGAAAAACAGAAGACUUAAAUUCAAUUUUGGAUAAGUAAAAGGGAUUGUAGGCGUUCAACUGCCUACAAACAGCUUACAGAUCUUAGCAUAUCUAAUUAAAGAAUGUAGGAUGGGAAUUGGUAACCUGACAAUGAGAAUCAUUAAGACAAAACCAUUUAUUGACCCUUUCCCAUAAAGACUUCCCAGAAGAGAUUUCUUUGGCAAAGACGUGCAAUUGGGUCUUUCUGUCAGGGAGCAUUGGGUACUUGAAAUUAAAUAUGAUUCUGUACUUAUAGAACAACAUUAUGAUACCCAGAAGGAGGUCAGUGUGUCUUAGUGGACAGCCUUGAGGUAGAAAACUGGAUGACAGUCAUUAUCAUUUAUUAAGCAAUUACUCUGUGGCAGAGACUGUGUUAAAUAAUUUGAAAUACAUUUUCUCAGUUAACCUUCAUGACAGCCCUAACAGCGGAUAUUUUCAUCCCAAUUUACGGAGGAAACUAAGAAAGCUGAGAAGUGAUACAGCCAUGGCAGUCAGGAUUUAUCUAAAUCCUGUGGUCUUAAAAACUAAGCCAGUUUCUCAGUUGUCAUUCUCCCCCACACUCUUUGGAAGCCACAAAUUCUAUGAGAAAUUUAAAUUUUUGUCUUCAGUUUUUACGAUAAUCCUUAAAUAAUCAUUUUAUCUGAUAUAAAAAGAUACCUCUCUUAGCAGUGAAUAAUGAGAAAAUUUUUAAAAUUCCAUGUCCACACAUACAGUCACAAAUUCAUGAUACUUUCAUAUUUUCUCUUUAAAAGGAUUUCAUACAUAUCUCAAUUUGGAAGCACUCUAUCAAAAUAGGAUAUCUAGGACCUAAGUUUGGAUCUAACAUUAUGAUUUGCUAGCAAUGUGAUCUCAAGCAGGCUACCUACCUUCCGUGUGCCUCAGGCUAUUAUGGAGUUUCUCAUGGACCAUAAUGUAUUAUUUUCUUGCAUCAAUAAUAUCAGUAAUUCCAAUUUUUACAUUUUUCUAAUGAAUCAGUCUAUAUUCAAAGGUGAUGAUUAUACUUUAAAUAUUAUCAUGUGAGCUCUAAAGGCAAUGCAGUUAAUUUUUCUUUAUUUCUAAAAUCCUGAUGUAGAGGUCUGUCCAAUUUAGGUUUGAAUGUAAAGAAAGAAAGAAAUGCCUUAUUGUGUCUUCUUACUACAAGGUUUCUUUACAUUAGUUAAAUUUAAUAUAUUGUUUCAAUUUGCUUUUAUCUCAAUGCAAAUACAAAUACUAAUAUUUUGUAACCAUAAGAUACUAACAAAAGGACACAUCUUUCCUUGAUUCAACUUAUCUCAGGACAACUGUAGAACAGGCUCAAUCAAAAAAUGGCUUAUUUUAUAACAUCCUGACAUUGAUCCAGUAAAAUAAAUAAGUUAAAAUAAUAAUUUAACUCAGUAGAACUUCUAUGGAAGUCUAUGAGCUCCUGGAAGCUAAAAUUCUUUCUACUCUAUUUACUUGAGCUUCUUAUGAACAAUUGAAUGUAUUUUAUAUGGUAUAUGAUAAAAUAAAUAAAUAAAUAAAUAAAGGCUUUAGAAGACAGAGGAAAUCUGUAUAUUUCAUUGCAAAUGUCAAGAAUGUAUUUUGAAACAAGAUGAUUCUGGGGCCCAGCACUGUGGCACAGUGGAUAAAGCCACCAUCUGCAGUGCUACCCACCCAUAUGGGUGCCAGUUUGAGUCCCAGCUGUUUCACUUCCAAUCUGGCUCCUUGCUAAUGCACCUGGGAAAGCAACAGACCAUGGCCCAAGUACUUAGGCCGCUGUACCCAUGUGGGAGAACCAGAAGAAGCUCCUGGCUUCAGCCUGGCUCAAUGCUGGCCAUUGCAGCCAUUUGGGGAAUGAACCAGCAGAUGGAAGAUAUUUCUGUGUGUGUGUGUGUGUGUGUGUGUGUGUGUGUGUGUGUGUAACUCUGCCUUUCAAAUAAAAAAUAAAUAUUUGAAUAAAAAUAGUUGUAUUGGUCAAAUAGAUGUGGAAACUGUGAAUACUGUACCAGUGCCUUAGAGACUCAAGUCAUAUAUGAAGCACAUUACAGAUUCUGAAAAAUCCUGUAAAAAGGAAACCUGGUAAACUGUUAAAUUCAAGAGUCUUUUAAUUUUCUUGUGCGUGAAGUAAUACCCUUCCAUUUCUAUUAACCAAGGUCUGACUUUGCAGAACAUAUCAUGCUGAAACGUGGGUGUUGAUUGCAGUUAAACGGACUGAAAAGCAGUUUAAAUGUUCUGUCUUCACCUUACCUCCUCUUCUCCAAGGUACACUUUGGAGAUUGGAUCUGCAAAAUCAGCAGGUUCAUCCCAGCAGUCUGCCUUAGAUGUGGAGAACAUUUUGACAUUAGAUCAGGCCACAAGACUAAAUUAUGCCUUAGGAGACAUUUCAUAGCCUGAGAAAAGUAUGAGUAUAUUCAAUGCACAAACCUUCAGACGCAAAUCUAUCUUUUUUUUACAAAAGGUUUGACAUCUGACCAAAUAACUGUAGGGCAUUGUUCAAAAAACAUGUCACCAUUUUUUAGGAAUAUGAAUCAACUAUUCAAUGAUGUGUGUAUGCCAACUAAUAGAAGCUGUGUUUUUAUCAUAUACCAACUCAUCUUUAGGCCUGACAUUUUUUUUUCUUUUUAUUUAUUUAUUUAUUUAUUUUUAUUUAUUUUUUUGACAGGCAGAGUGGACAGUGAGAGAGAGAAACAGAGAGAAAGGUCUUCCUUUGCCGUUGGUUCACCCUCCAAUGGCCGCCACGGCUGGCGCACCGCGCUGAUCUGAAGGCAGGAGCCAGGUACUUAUCCUGGUCCCAUGGAGUGCAGGGCCCAAGUACUUGGGCCAUCCUCCACUGCACUCCCUGGCCACAGCAGAGAGCUGUCCUGGAAGAGGGGCAACUGGGACAGAAUCCGGUGCCCCGACCAGGACUAGAACCCGGUGUGCCGGUGCCGCAAAGUGGAGGAUUAGCCUAGUGAGCCGCGGCACCGGCUAGGCCUGAAAUUUAAAUUUUGGUGUGUACUAACAAAAAUAAACAUAUAUAUAUAUAUAUAUAUACACACACAUUUAAUCAAUACAAAGGUCAAUAGUAAAUAGACAGACAAUCUGAGAUUUAUUCUUUGGUACCAUUUAAGAAUAAAUGCCAAUUGUAUUGUAGAAUAAAAGAAACUCUGUGAUCAUUUUCAAAGAACACAUAAGAAAAUUUGUGCACUUUUUCAAUUAGCAUGUUUAGGUGUAUAAUUAUUUUUACAAACAUUACAAGUUGAAAAAGAGCUUACAAAGGUGUCUACUGUAGUAAGCUGAAAUGAUAAGGAAUAACUUUGUGGAUAAGCUGGCACUUCAUCUGAUGUUUGGAAGUUCAAAAAGAUUUACACAGGCAAAGAAGAUCAGAGCUUUUAUGUAACAUAAAGAAAUUGAUAAAUUCCAAAAUCAAGACAUUACUCUUGUCAAAAGCUAAGCUUUUCCUUUGGAAAUUACAAUAAAAUAUUAAAAUUAUGGUUUUGAUGGACAAAACCAGGAUAAAUUGAAGGAAGUGAUUACUGUCAUUUCCUCAUUAGGAUUAAUUUUAUAGGUCAUUGACUUGGGCUGACAUAUCUCUCAGGGCUAAGUCUUGUUCAAACUUUACAGUCAUUGACAAUAAUAUAUUCAACAUUACUGUAGCCAUAUUGACUUAUUACAUGGUGAGCUAAAUAAAAUUUAACCAUAGAUGAAUUUUGGGAAUUGUAUUUAUAUAAACAGAAAUAAUGAAUAAACUGUCCAGAAAUAAUGAAUAAACAAAAGAAUAAAUCGUUUGUUAUUAUGUUUCACUUUUUGACCCAAAAAACUAUAAGUCAGUAUACAUUUUAAGAUGUAUUUUGAAAAUUCAAUUUUAUAAGUAAUGACAUUAUUUAUGAAUGCUACAACUGGCAGUUCAGUAAGAUUCAAUGUUGGGAAGAGACUUGGAUUAAGUAGCUAAUGGCUGUGCAUUGAUCUGACAUUAAUUAUGGUGAGGUAUUUUAAUUCACAUGGUUUAGUAAAUCUCAGUACUUUGUUUUGGGUUUUAGUUAUUGCUCUGCUCAUGGUAGAUUGUUGCUGUAACAGGUAUGAUAAAUAAAACUCAACAUUUUGUUUUGAGGGUGAGUUACUCUUUGGUCUCCUAGUAGAUUAUUGCUAGGUCAGGGAUGACAAAUAUGUUUCAUCCUAUCUACUGCUAGUGACCAUCUACAGCAAAGAUUGAGAAGGAUCAUGUGUUAUUGUCAGGGCUCAGGAAGAAAUGAUGCUAUGAUAAGGUUACUAAUAUUUUAAUUCUGACUGGAAUAUAAGCAUUAUGAAGGCAGGAACUUCAUAGUUCUCUGUCUAUGUUUCAUCCUGAAUGCCUAUAAUAAUGAAUAGCAUGAUCAGCAUAUGGUAGACGGUACAUAUACACACAUAAGCGUACUUCAAAACAUACUUUGUGAAAAAAAAUGGAAUUAAGAGUGUCGCUCCCCCUCUUCGUGGAGGAACGACACAGGACCCUGCACUGUUCUUUCGUCUGCUCGGCCCUCCCCGGGUUUGCUGCUGGUUCUUCCCAGGUUGGCUACUGUCCCUUCCACCUCCGUGGAAGGGCGGUUCCCCCUGGCCACUUUCCCCACUUCCGCAGGGGAGCGGCACACCGCCGGCCGGCUCUCUCGGGGGCUGCACAGGUGUUCCUCCAGAUAGAUGUUCCCCUUACAUGUUCCUGGCGCAUGCCGUCUCUCUCCUCCUAUAUAGUCCUCCACCAAUCCUAACUCGGCUGCCCACACGCCGAGUACGCUGCUCUCCUCCAAUCAGGAGCAGGUCCUGCAGCUUGUCAAGUUGGUGAGAGGCAGCUGGGUAGAAGCUGUUGCCUCCUCCCCCAGCGCCAUAUUGUGGGAGAGCAGAUGCAGAGAAUAAGUCUUAAUUCCAGUAACUCAGUCCAGUCCGGGUUGCUCCCCACAUAAGAGAUAACUUUAUUUCAGUGAAAAUAAUUUUUGAAAUUCAUAGUUUUUUCAUAACACUUAUUUUACAUGAAGUUUUUGAAGACACUUACAUAUUAUACACACAUGUGCAUGUAUUAUAUAUAAAGAAGAGAAGGAGAAUGGCCAAACACAUGGCAUAUGUUUGCAUUUUCUGCACUAGGUGGUUGUAAAAUUCCAAGCUCUAUAAGCCACAGUCCUAUAUGUUGAAAUAUGAUGAGCUAGUAUGUUUUUAAAAUUUUUUUUGUAAUAUAAAAAAAGCAAAUGAUGACUUACACAUAUAAAGAGGUACUACAAUCUCGAUAAAUCACAAAAUGAAGCCUCAUAUUUUAGAAGGCUAUUCUGUUAGAAAUCUAAAGAAAGAUUAUGUUGAUACAUUGAACAGAAUGAAUUCUAGGUGAAAACUAAUGUCACUUAAUUUUUUUUAAAAAAGAGAAAAGAAAACAAAAGAAGCUUAAAUCCUAAAGUGCCCUCAAGGUCCUUAUUUUUUCUGCUGCCUUGGAAGUCAGUAGUCAACAAGGAUUUCUCACUGAGAGAGAGUGGAUUUGCCUUUGAAGCGACUUUGGAUAUAACUGGCUGCAUCUAAGAGAUGACAAUAAUGCAAGCCAAGAGACCUGGCAGACAGCUGGGUAGUGGGCACCCCCACAACUAUCUCCACUGAAUAUAUUCCCUAUAGUGAAGUAAUGACCUGGAGGUCUCCUAUGAUUAAGGCAAAUGAUCUCAUGAGUGGUCAUGAGUAUGCACUGAUUGGGCUUGGCAGAUUGCAUAAUCAAUUGCAAAUUAGCUUUUGGAAAUGACUGGCUGUACCCAGUGGGCAGAAGAAAUGGAAGCAAGGGGAUCUGGCAGACAGCAGGUACUCACAGCAGCUGUAUGAGUAACAUUCCCAUAAUUUACUGGUGAAGAGAGCCAAGCCUGGACCUUUCAUAGCUGUGCUUUUCAUUUCUGAUAUUUGGAGGGACUGCAGGAGCGAGCUGCACAUCCGAGCAAUUUACCUUCAGGGUAGCAGUAAAGCGGAGUGAGAAUGUCCUACUUACACUGGUACACCUCUUGAGGCAUGAUAUGCACAUCCUUUAUUCUUUAUAUCCAGAAGAAAAGUGCAGCACCUGCUCUGCUGCUAAUUGGAUACCAGACUUGUCUGAUAAAAGGAUAUUAAUUUUCACUUCAUAGAUUAAUAGACCUUGGGAAGUCAACUAGUCCAUCACACACUCUUACGGCAGUAUCCUUCCUAAACCAAAAGGAAGUGUUUGAAAAAGAUAAAGGAAUGUUUUACAAUGUUAUGAUUUUAAAUGCUAUAAACUUCACCUUAAUAAAUGCACAAAAAAAUGGCUAACCCAUUCCACACAAAGGAGAUAAUGGAUGGCCACAACUCUUAGCUACUAGAGGAAUCCUUGUCUUCCUGUUUAUAUAUCUUCCUUAUAUAUAUCUUAUUAUAGGUAGGGCCAGGCUCAGUCUCACAGAAAAAUACUAUUCAACCCAGCAAGUAUCAAUGAACUCAUAUUGAAGUGUUAGUGCUGUGUUAGGAUCUGUGGCAGUUUUUAAUUAUUAUUUCAUAUGUUUUAAUUCAACAUACAUUUAUUUCCAUAAGAGAAACAGGUAUGAGACUAUAUAAGAGAUUUAACCUUCUAUUUUGAAUGAAAUAUAGAAUAUAUAUUAUUUUGCAUCCCAUCUUGAAGAAAACAAAUACUAACAGAAAAGAAGAUUCUAAUCUGAAAACCCCAGUGUUACAUUUUCUCUUAGCUGAGAUAUUUGUUUGAUCUGUGUAUCACUGUCUUUAUGCUGCUUGUGCUUUUUUUUUUUUUGUAUAGUUUGAAAUUAUAUUUUUCUUCAUCCUUUUUGUUUAGCUUCUUAAAAACUCUGGAUUAUAUACUGAAAAAGAACCACACAGUAUCUUACACUACCACAAUUUGGAGAAACAACCAGUCUAUCCUGGGAAUCAGCUUCCUUGAGACUAAUUUCUUGAUAGAAAAGAUUGAAAACACUCUUUAAAAAAUUCUCCAAUCAUCUUAGGAAAAGUAUAUCUAAUUUUUAAGCUAUAAGAUGACACUAAAUGCUCCAUAUAAAAGAGAAGUACAUAUUUUAGGUAAUUCAGUGUAAACUCUCAUGCUUGUUUGAGAUAUGCAUAUAUAUAUAUUUAUAUAUGCAUACAUGUGAGUCUUAGGUAUUAUUUCAGAAGACUCUUUGAGCACAGGAAAUAAUAAAGAUACUUCACAUUGCUUACUGAAAAGAUAUAUUUGUUUUUAACAGAAAGGGUAAUUUAACAAGAGGAAUAGAAACAUCGUUUGUCAGUUGGUCAAUACUUAGCCCAGCAUAUGAAGCAGUGGCUGAUACAAGUUCAUCUAGACAGUUAUUUCCUAUUGGAAAUUUUAAUAUUAAUAAUUCUUCCCCCAGUUGUUUUUAUUCAGAAGAGUUUUGGAAACUGGACUACUACACUCUUCUUAUGUAAUUCAUGAAAGCUAGUGCUCACAUGGAAACCCGAUUAAGCACAUCAAAACCUAAUGCAUUAUUUUGAUAGAUUGAUUUUCCAGUACUGAGAAUGAAUGUUAGCUAAGUUGCAGGUGGUUUCACUAACUGUGGAGGACUCUAGUGGAAUGGAGAGUAUGUGCAUAAAGUACAUAUUUACACAUCCAUCCCAUGGAUAGGUUGUUUUAGGACUCUAGCAGGUAGAUAAUGAAUUCAUGUCUUGUUACUGAUCUACUGCACAUCUCCCUAGCUCAGCCGGAAUCUGUAGUGUGAUUUGAAGAGAACAAGAGAUAAUCAAACAUUCAGUUUUUAUAGAAUUGUCCCAAUUUAGGAUCCUUUAGGGUCCUCCAGGUUGCCUAUUUGAAAUGCCUUUCUUUCUGAAAAACCUUAUCUUGGGAUAAAAAAAUAAAUAAAAGAAUAUGCUCUGUAAUAAUCCCAGACCAAGGAAAUAUGAACCUUAGGUCCCCCUAAUAGUUUAUGGAGAGGUAAAAAUAAAAGCAGCAGACCAAGAUGUAUUAAACAUGGAAGGAUAUCAAACUUCUGGCCAGUGGGUACCUUCAUUCCUCCCAUCCCAUCUACUACUGCUUGCUGUUGUCCUGAAGCCAAGAAUCAACCUUCCAUGAAUAUCUUCUCCCAACUAAUUCCUGAUGUCAAUGUGAUCCCAUUUCUGUCCCUUUAAUUCUUCUGUGCCUGUUUCCACAUUGUUCAAUUUAUAUGCUAAUCAUUACUGCUCUUUCUGUUUUCUCUUUGUCUGUUUUGAUUUAUUUUUUAAAGAUUAUUUAUCUAUUUAUUUAUUUGAAAGGCAACACACACACAGAGGAGAGAGAGGGAGGGAGAGAAAGAGAAAAAGAGAGAGAGAAACAAAUGUUCUAUCCACUGAUUCACUCCCCAAAUGACCACAGCAGCCAAGGCUGGGCCGGACUGAAGCCAGGAGGCAGGAUCUCUAUCUGGAUUCCACGUUGGUGGAAGGGCCCAGAAUUUUUGCUAUCUUCCACCAUUUUCUCAGGCAUAUUAGGAGAACCUGGACCAGAAGCAUACCAGCCAGGACUCAAACUGCGACUCUGACAUAAGAUGCCAUCAUCAGAGCCAGUGGCUUUACUUGCUGCAUUACAACAACUGUUUUAAAAUGUUUCACACUAUUUUGAAUUGUCCCCUUUUAUUAAGUUGAGCAGGAGCCCCAUACCAAAUGUUAACAGAUUUCAUAUGAAAAGAAAAUAGGAGUGGUCUGCAUUGUGGCCCAGGAGGUUAAGCGACUGGCUGCAAUGCCAGCAUCCCUUAUGAGCACUGGUUUGAGUCCCAGCUGCUCCAUUUCCUAUCCAGUUCCCUAAUGAUACAUCUGGAAAAGCAGAAUAAAAUGGCUCAAUCACUUAGGCCCCUGCCAUCUAUAUGUCAGACCCUGAUAACGUUCCAGGCUCCUAGCGUCAGCUGGACCUAUCCCUUGCCCUUUGAGGCCAUUUGGGGGAUGAAUCAACAGGUGGAAGACUUUUUUCCCUUUCUCUCCCUCUGUGUGUGUGUAUAUGUAUGUGUGUGUAUCCUUCUUUCUAUGUAACUCUGCCUUUCAAAUAAAUAUGCAUUUUUAAAAGAUGUAUUGAUUUAUUGGAAAGGCAGAGUUACAGAAAGGCAGAGGCAGAGAGAAAGAGAGAGAUAGAGAGGUCUUCCAUCUGCUGGUUUACUACCCAGGUGGCUGCAGCAGGCAGAGCUGCACCCAUCUGAAGCCAGGAGCUAGGAGCUUCUUCCAGGUCCCCCAUGUGGGUGCAGGGGCCCAAGGACUUGUGCCAUCCUUUUUGCUUUCCCAGGCCAUAGCAGAGAGCUGGAUUGGGAGUGAGCAGCCAGGUCUCUAACCAGUGACUAUAUGGGGUGCCAGUGCUGCAGGCAGCAGCUUUGCACUCUACACCACAGUGCCAGCCCCUAAAUACAUAAUUUUUAUAAAAGAAAAUAGGAAAAUGUUGUAAUUAGGAGGUAAAAUACUAGUCACAGGCAGUGAGUAUACAGAAAAUAUUGAUCUUCUGAUAUAGUAAGAUGUGGAAAAGAAGAGAUCUAUUCCCAAAUUAUGAAGCCUCUGAAAUAACUUUCUGUCACAAAAAAGUUGCAAUAAUAAUCAGGUGAGGUGUCUUCAUCAAUUAUUUAUCCCUAGAGAGUAGAUAGCACAAUUUCAGUGCCUAUAUGUGCUCAAUAAAUGUUGUUGGAAUUGUGGAACUAUUUCCUUAAUGUAAUGGUUCCUUAGGAAAACACUUAAUGUGUCCUCAUUCCAGUAUCGUUACCAUCUUCUUUUUCAUAUAGUUUUUUACAGCAUCAAGCACAUAGCUUUUUUCCCUUCUUUCACUCUCUCCUGAUCUCUAAAGUUAUUUAGAUUACUAAAUAACUAUCAAACCAAAAUCGAAACCUGAUUGUACUUAAAAUUUCUGUCUAAUAACUUACUGCUAUGGUCUAUGUUAGCAACAACACUUUGGCCACUCCAUAUAAAUACCGUAUGUAUUUAGAGGAAGGUGACACCAAUGAUGGAGCUCAUACUUACAGGAUGUCUUAAGAAGCUUUAAGAAGGAAGUAGGUCUAUCUAAUGAGUUGAACCAACUGUACAAUUUGAAGGAACAGUCCACAGAAUAAUACCCUUAUUUCUUGGGGUCUCCAGGUACAUUCUCACUUCAGAACAGCUGGCUAUGAUGUCAGGAAUCCUCACAAUGAAAUUUGGGUUCUAUAAAUCACUAGAACAACAUAGAACUCACUGAAAACUAUUAUACUCACAGUUUAUUACAGGAAACCGAUAUAGAAAAUCAGUCAUAGAAAGAGAUGCACUGCUCAGAGCCUGUAGAGGUCCAAAUACACGGCUUCUGCUCAUCUUCCCCUGAGGUGCAUUGGACAGCAUUGCCUCCUCUGGCCCCAUGGUGAUACACACAGCGUGUUGCCAACAAAGAAGCUCACAUAAAACUUCACAUAAAACAAGUUUUUAUUGGGACUCAGUCACAGACGGUCUGUGUAGCUGCCCAUUGGUCUCCAGUCCCUCACAUGUUUCAGAUUACCUUUAAUCACCAGUUCCUCAUGAGGUCAGAACUGAUAGAGCAAGGCCUAAUGCGCCCAUCAUAAAUCGCAUUGUUAGUCUUUCUUGUGGUCAAAGGCCCCAGCAAACAAAGACUUACUAUCAGGCAGAACACUCCAGAAUUUAACGGUAAUCUGUUAGGUCAAAAGCCAGACCUUCAUUUGGGGAAGACCAAAUUUCUUACUACAUGGUCCAGAAUUGGUUUUAAAGGAAAGAGAAGAUGAACUUCGGUAUAAUGAAGAUUCAUAAUUUCAGGAAAAGAGGGAACAUCAGGAAAGGCUGGGACUGAGAGAAUGGAAAGCAUUGCUAAAGAUAGAAUUCCAGACUAGCUAAGCAGCCAAUGCUUUAGGAAGCUGAGGUUAAUGAGCUGGGUAGGGCAGAAGACAUAGAUUCUGAAUGACCUUUAAAGUCAAGUGGAGAUCAAGCACAAAAAUUUUGCUUUAGAGCAAUAAAAACUGGUAAUAGUUGAGAUUUUUGUAUUUUGAAGGUGAAUCCAUUGAUGGAAAUUCUGUGUGAAGAAAACAAGAAGUUGUCUGAUUUCUGGGCAACACAUUUUAAAUAAUGCUGACAACUAUAAAGGACCAACAAGGGCAAUCAAAAGGUUCAGAUCUAAUAUUUAUAUCAGACCCAAUUAUGAAAACAGAGUACAUUUAACUAGAUUUUAAAUACUUGGCUUAAGGGGACAAAAUAGCUUUCUUUGAAGGCUUGAUGAGAGUUCAUAUUUCAAGAAAGAAAAACUAGGACACAAAAGAGGAUGAUAGAACAAGAAAGACAUAAACUUACAUAUGUGGAUUUUUUUAUUAAUUAAAAUGUGAAUUAAUGAGAAACUGAAAAAAUCAGACUUCCCAUCACCAAGUAUUCAGAAGUAGUUAGCUAUUCAUCUUCCUUUCAGGCUUGUUUUGGAGAGAUUUUUGCACUGUAGGGUGCUGUCGUUUCCUGUUAUAGAAUUGUGUGUUUCUCUGAAGGACACAGGAUGAUUUGAAUGAAGGAGGACCUGACUUCAUGGCCAUCUUCUAGGAAACUGUAGAAAUACAAGCACAACAGGAUCCAGUUUGGGAGUAAGGUGAUGGUAACAACAAGAAAAGAGAAAGAUGAAAGAUGUUCCAAAGGAUAAAUGACCAGAACUUGGUGAAUGGCAAGACUGGAAGAGUGACUGGGAGGAAAAUGCAAAGAAUGUCCAUCUUCUAAUAUAAGUGACUAGAAUAACAGGAAGCAGAUGGUUGAAACAGAAUCUUCACAAUGGAGAUCAAUUUUGAGGGAAAGAUGGUGUAUUCUAUCUUGAACAUAAUGAUUCUGAAAUGAAGACAGAUGUCCAAGAGACAGGAGACAAGAGAUAGUUUACAUUUAUACUCCAGUGAGGGGCAAGCUUCUUCCAUUUUCACUGCUUAAAGAUUUUUGUUAAUUUUUGUUAAGGCAGUUUUCAAGAUGUGUUUUUCACUGAACAAUUAAAAUACCUGACACCUAAUAGAUUGUGAGUUUUUUGAGUGCAGUACCAAAGUUUUAGAAUCAUUGUAUUUGGCCAAAUAAUUUUGUCUUGCACAUAUUUAGUAUAUGUCUUUGUACUAAAUUAUUUAGGGUUAAAAAUCUGUGGUACCAGCAUCCCAUAAGGCUGCUGGUUCAAGUCCUGGCUGCUUCACUUCCAAUUCAGCUCUCUGCUAUGGCCUGGGAUAGCAAUAGAGCAUGGCCCAAGUCCUUGGGCCCCUGCACCCACAUGGGAGACCUGGAAGAAGCUCUUGGCUUCGAAGCACCUCAGCUCCAGCCAUUGCAGCCAGCUGGGGAGUGAGCCAGCAGUGGGAAGACUCUCUCUCUCUCUCUCUCUCUUUCUCUGUAUAACUCUGACUUUCAAAUAAAUAAAUAAAUAAAUGAAUCAUAAAAAAGAAAGAAAUGUGAAGAUGUGUCAGUAAUGGAUCUAGAGGAGGCAAAAUUAAAAAAAAAAAAAACUGCAGGAAGUCCAUAAAUAUAAAACUCAAGAAAGUAGGAGCUGGUGUUGUGAUAUAGUGAGUAAAAAUACUCCCAGCAAUGCUGACAUCCUGUAUGCACACAAGUUCAUGUGCUGGCUGCUCUACUUCUGAUUCAGCUCCAUGCUAAUGGCCUGUGAAAAGCAGUGGAAGAUGGCCCAAGUGUUUGGGCCCCUACCAUGCAUGUGGGAGACUCGGAUGAAGCUUAUGUCUCCUGGCUUCAGCCUGGCCUGGUGUUGACUGUUGUGGUCAUCUGGGGAGUAAAGCAGUGGAUAGACAAUCUCUCUCUCUCUCUCUCUCUCUCUCUCUCUCUGUGUGUGUGUCUGUGUGUGUGUGUGUGUCUCCUUCUCUCUCUGUAACUCUUUCAAAAAAAUAAAUAAAUUUUUGGCCGGCGCCGUGGCUCAAUAGGCUAAUCCUCCACCUUGCGGCGCCGGCACACCAGGUUCUAGUCCCAGUCGGGGCGCCGGAUUCUAUCCCGGUUGCCCCUCUUCCAGGCCAGCUCUCUGCUAUGGCCAGGGAGUGCAGUGGAGGAUGGCCCAGGUGCUUGGGCCCUGCACCCCAUGGGAGACCAGGAAAAGCACCUGGCUCCUGGCUCCUGCCAUCGGAUCAGUGCGGUGCGCCGGCUGCAGCGGCGGCCAUUGGAGGGUGAACCAACGGCAAAGGAAGACCUUUCUCUCUCUGUCUCUCUCUCUCACUGUCCACUCUGCCUGUCAAAAAUAAAUAAAUAAAUAAAUAAAUAAAUAAAAUAAAUUUAAAAAAUAAAUAAUUUUUUUAAAAACUCAAAGAAAUAUAGAAAAAAAAUAGCUUGACGCAGGAAAGAGGAAAGAGCUGAACCAGGAUACAGUGCUGUGUGAGAAAUGGGAGGAAGGUCAGUGUUAUGCAUUAUUAUAGACACCUGAAGGUGAGAGCAUUUAAACCAAGGAGCUAGAUAGCUGAGAGGUCUUGACAGUAAGAAUACAGGAAAAGUUUCAUGACUUUUUUCAAAAAGCACACAUAUAUUAAAGAAUUGUUAACAUUUUGCCAUACUCACCACAUAUGUAAACAGUAUACACACAUAAACAUAUUUUCUUGAUAGUGAUGGUGGGUAUAUCAAAAUUACAUAUUCAUAACAAAUAUAACAAACAAGCAAAGAUUUUUAUAUCAUUAUUUAAGGGAUAGAAUUCAGUAAAGACAACAUUUAUAAAUAUCUGUGUACCAGAAAUGACUUUUUGUUAAAGAUUUAAUUGAUGACAUUUGAGAACUAUUGAUGCUAUUAAAUAUGUUUUAGACUUUUCAUUAUAAAUAAAAUGUAGACCGUGUAAAAGGGACAUUUACAAAGGUGGUAAGAGUAAUAUCCUCUCUUAUAUCUGAAAUUCUUUCUUGGAUUUUAGCUUGCAUUUUAUUUAUUUAUUUAUUUAUUUUUAUGUUUAGAAAGCCAUAGCUAAUUUUAUUUAUUUUUUUUGUCCUGCUUCUUUUUUUUUUAACUUUUAUUUAAUGAAUAUAAAUUUCCAAAGUACAGCUUAUGGAUUACAAUGGCUUCCCCCCCAUAACAUCCCUCCCACCCGCAACCCUCCCCUUUCCCAUUAUCUCUCCCCUUCCAUUCACAUGAGGAUUAAUUUUCAAUUCUCUUUAUAUACAGAAGAUCAGUUUAGCAUACAUUAAGUAAAGAUUUCAACAGUUUGCUCCCACACAGAAACAUAAAGUGAAAAAUAAUAGAUGAUUUUUUUAAAUGAUGAUGAAAUCAGAUCAGACCUAUUGUCAUGUUUAAUCCCAGUGAGAGUCAAGUUGGGAAUUGCUAAUUUCUUCUCUUUUUUUUAACAGAAGAUCAGUUUAGUAUAUAUUAAGUAAAGAUUUCAACAGUUUGCACCCCCAUAGAAACACAAAGUGAAAUAUACUGUUUGAGUACUCGUUAUAGCAUUAAGCCUCAAUGUACAGCACAUUAAGGACAGAGAUCCUACAUGAGGAGUAAGUGCACAGUGACUCCUGUUGUUGACUUUACCAAUUGACACUCCUGUCUAUGGCAUCAGUCGGAGAACUCAAGGAGCUUGCAUUUUAUUAUUGAGCUAUGUCUUAAUCCAAUCCUGUUGCUAUAGUAAAAUACCACAGAUUGGAAAGUUUAUAAAUAAUACAAAUUUAGUUCUUAAAGUUUUGGGGCUGGAAAGUAUAAUAUCAAGGCACAGGCAGAUUCAAUGUUUGGUGAUGUCUUAGUCUCUGCUUCCAGGAUGGUGCCUUGAUGCUGUGUCCUCACAUGAGAGAAGGGCAAAAAGAGGGUGGCAGCUCUCUAAAUGCUCUUCUAUAAGAGCGUGAACCUUAUUUUGAAGUACUCAUGGCCUAGUCAUCUCCCAAAGGUUCUACUUCCUAGCACCACUACUUUGGAGUUUAGGUUUCAAUGUACCAACUUUGAAAGGACAUAUAAAUUUAGACCAAAGCACCAUUUUAAAUGAAACUGCAAAACUCACAUUUCUCUGUGCUAAGAUACCAAUAGAAGGAAAAACCACUAAGCACAUCUUGUUUGGUUUGCUUGUACAUUUUAUAUAUUUGGUAGGUAUCCUAUUUUUCCACUGUGAAGAUAUAGACCUUAGGAAAUGAAAUGAGAGAAUAUUUGCUAGUUACUGCCUACAGGCUAGAAAUAUGGAGAGACGAGGCUUUCCCAUGGCAGGGUUGAUUGACAUUAUACUAGGAUGAAGGGUGAAGAAAAACACCCUCUUGUGAGUUCAUGUUUUCACUUCAAGGAUGAAAAAGGUCAAGCCCUGAGGUGGCCACUAGAGGCUCCAGAAUAUGCCUUUUCUUUCCUCUUCUUCCAUCACACCACUUUCAUUAUAGUCAUCUUUAUCGUUGAGUCAGUCUCAAUCAUUUUCAUCUAUAGUCCAAAUAAAUAUUUAUUUCUCAAUGGAGAAGUCUGUAAGGUAUCAGAUUAUAUUAGCCUCUUUGCAUUAUUUAUUUGAUGAAUACUACCAGAAUGCCUGCUAUGAGCUACUCAUUGGGCUAUGGGCUUCUGGGAAACACUUUCUUAUUUAUCAGUUAAUAUGCUUUAGGCUUAACAUAAAUUCCAACCCACAGGUGCUUAACCAAUGUGGAAACAAUAUUAUUUCAUACAACAAGAAAUCAUCCCCAUAGCUAUUUAAUUCAAUGAUUCAGGAGUAAAUUCUUUCCAAUAUUUCAGCUCAGUGUUCUUCAAACAGCCAUUGAAGUUCUGAUUGACUGCUGCAGUUUCAAGCCUUCCAUGCAAGUACAUCAAUGUCAAAAAAGAAAAAAUAGGACCCCACUUGUACUUGUGUGUUUCUUUUUAUUGUGAGGAAAUGUCCCUCAGAAUCCCUGAGAGGUUAUCUCUACACAUGUUAUUGCCACGAUAUGACUCAAUCAUUAGAAAGACUGAGUCACAUGUCCCUUCUUAAAUCAAUCACAAGCUAGAGGAAUGGCAUCUACCAGACUGGUUUAGACUAAUCAGGAUUUACCCUUGAGUCACUGGAGUCUACCAGCAAGUAAGACAAUACUUGUUAUGUUCUGUAUUUGCAAGAAUAAAUGAUGUGUUAGAAAAAGCAAAAAAAAAAAAAAAAGAAAAGUUUGAGAAUCUGAACUCAUUUAGGUUAUACUGUAUGAUUUAGAUGUUGUUAUUGUUUGCAGAAUGCCAUUGGCCAUUUCCUAUUGUCACAAGCACUCUUCAGAUCAGAAUAAUGGGAUUUUAAAUUAAAUUAAAUAUAUAUCAAAGGCAUAUUAGCUCUAAAUUUGUGCUUCAAAUCUGAAAUAAUUAUAUAGCAGCUACUUUUAAUUUUGCUGGAUUUCACACAGUAUUGUUUUUGUUUAUAAUAUUCUUUUAUUAUUCUUUUGCUGAUCCAUGGGGUCAGUAGUGAUAGACCCAUCCUUCAUUUCUUAAUUUUAAAUUUUAUUUAAGUUAUACAAGUUUCAUGUAUAUAUACAGACUUAGUAGAAACAUAUCAAUACUUCCCCCCUCCUCCUACCCAACCAAGCUCCAACCCUACUUCCUCCUCCCUCUCAUAUUAUCACUCUUAAUUUUUACAAAGGUCUAUUUUCAGUUCACUUAAAGAUCAUAUAGUUAACCCUACACUAAGUAAAAGAGUUCAACAAAUAGUAUGGAAAACAAAACAAAAAACUAAAGAACAAAAAACAAAUAACACUGUUCCUCAACAGAAGAGAGACAAAGACUACAAAUAAUCACCAAACCUCAAAAUGUCCAUUUCACUCCUAAACAUUACAUUUUAGGUACUCAGUUAGUUACCUUGGAUCAAGAAAAACAAAUGACAUCUAUCUUUUUGGGGCUGGCUAAUUUCAUAAUAGUUUUCAAAAGACAGGAUUUCAUCUAUUUUUAUAGCUGAGUGGUAUUCCAUUGUGUAUAUUCACCAUAAUUUUUUUAUCCUGUCAAAAAUUGAUGGACAUCUGGGUUGAUUUCAUAUAUUAGCUAUUGUGAAUUGAGCUGCAAAGAACAUGAGGGUAUAGAUAACUCUUUGAGAUGCUGGUUUCUUUUGGUUUGGGUAAAUUCCCAGGAGAGGGAUAGCUGGACCAUAUGGUAGGACUAUAUUCAGAUUUCUGAGGUAUCUCUAUAUUGUCUUCCACAGUGGCUGAACUAGUUUACCUUUCCACCAAGAGUAGAUUAAGGUACAUUUUCUGCAUAUCCUCACCAACAUUUCUUGUUUGAUGAUUUCUGUAUGAGAGCCAUUCUAACUGGAGUGAGAUGAAACCUCAUUGUGGUUUUGAUUUUCAUUUCCCUGAUGGCUAGUGAUCCUGAGCAUUUUUUUUUCUUUUUUUAAAACUUUUAUUUAAUAAAUAUACAUUUUCAAAGAAAAACUUUUGGAUUACAGCAGCUUUUUCCCCCCAUAACCUCCCUCCCACCUGCAACCAUCCCAUCUUCCACUUCCUCUCCCAUCCCAUUCACAUUGAUUCAUUUUCAAUUAUCUUUAUAUACAGAAGAUCAGUUUAGUAUAUAUUAAGUAAAGAUGUCAACAGUUUGAACCCACACAGAAACACAAAGUGAAAAAUACUGUUUGAGUACUAGUUAUAGCAUUAAAUCUCAAUGUACAGCACACUAAGGACAGAGAUCCUACAUGAGGAGUAAGUGCACAGUGACUCCUGUUGCUUUAACAAUUGACACUCUUAUUUAUGAUGUCAGCAAUCACCUGAGGCUCUUGUCAUGAGCUGCCAAGGCUAUGGAAGCCUCUUGAUUUUGCCAACUCCGCUCUUAUUUAGACAAGGCCAUAGUCAAAGUGGAAAUUCUCUCCUCCCUUCAGAGAAUGGUACCUCCUUCUUUGAUGGCCUGUUCUUUCCAUUGGGAUCUCACUCACAGAUGUCUUUCAUUUAGGUCAUUUUUUUCCCCAGAGUGUCUUGGCUUUCCAUGCCGUGAAACUCUCAUGGGCUUUUCAGCCAGAUGGUGAUCCUGAGCAUUUUUUCAAGUGCCUGUUGGCCAUUUGAAUUUCUACUCUUGAAAAAUACCUGUUCAACUCCUUUAACCAUUUCUUAACUGGAUUAUUUAUUUUGUUGUUGUUGAGUUUCUUGAGCUCUUUAUAGAUUUUGAAUGUUAACCUUUUAUCAGUUUUAUAGUUUACAAUAUUUUCUCCCAUUCUGUUGGUUGCCUCCUCACUUUACUGAGUGUUCCUUUUGCAGUGCAGAAGCUUUUCAGAUUGAUGUAAUCCUAUUUGUCAGUCUUAGCUUUGAUUGCCUGUGCUUCUGUGUUCUUUUCCAAGGAAUAUUUGCCCUAUGCCAGUGGCUUACAGAGUUUCCCCAAUGAAAUUGGAUGGUAUCAGUUGUAGAUUUAGGUCUUUGAUCCUUUUUGAGUGAAUUUGUGUGCAAGAUGUAAGGUAUGGGCCUAGUUUCAUGCUUUUGAGACUGUUCUAGUUCCAGGGAUUGAUUUUAGCUCCUUUGUCAACAAUAAGUUAGUUGUAGAUGUGUGGAUUGAUUUCUGGAGUUUCUAUUCUGCUUUGUUGGUUCCUUGGUUAUCUGUUCUCCACCAGUACCAGGCUGUUUUGAUUAUAACUGUAGUAUCUGAAAUUAGAUAUUGUAAUGUCUCUGGCUUUGUAUUUGUUGUAUAAGAUUACUUUAGCUAUCUGAGUCUUUUGUGUUUCCAUAUGAAGUUUAGAAUCAUUUUUUCUAGAUCUGUGAAGGAUGUCAUUGGUGUUUUGAUUGGGAUGACAUUGAAUCUGUAAAGUGCUUUUGGUAACAUGGACAUUUUGAUGUUUAUUUGUCCAAUCCAUGAACAUGGAAUAUUUUUCAAUUUUUUAAUGUCUUCUAUUUCUUUCUUUAGUGUUUUAUAAUUUCCAUAAUAGAGAUCUUUGACAUACUUGAUUAAAUUUCUUCCAAGGUAUUUAGUUCUUUUUAGAGCUAUUGUGAAUGGGAUCGAUGUUAAAAGUUGUUUCUCAGCCGUGACAUUGUCUGUGUAUACAAAGGCUAUUGAUUUUUCUCUGUUGAUUUUAUAUCCUGCCACAUUAUAAAACUCUUUUAUGAGUUCAAUAGUCUCUCAAUGGAGUCUUUUGGAUCCCCUAAAUAUAGAAUCAUGGCAUCUGCAAAUAAAGAUAGUUUGAUUUCUUGCUUUCUAUUUUGUAUCCCUUUAUUUCUUUUUCUUGCCUAAUGGCUCUAGCUAAAAGUUCAGGGGCAAUUAUUAAAUAGCAAUGGUGAAAGUUAGCACCCUUGCCUGGUCCAGAUCUUAAAGGGAAUGUUUCCAGCUUUUCCCCAUUCAAUAUGAUGUUGGCAGUGGGUUUGUCAUAAAUUGCCUUGAUUGUGUUGAAGAAAGUUCCUUCUAUACACAUAUAUAUGUUGCCUAAGGUUUUCAUCAUGAAGGAUGUUGUAUUUUAUCAAAUACUUUCUCUGCACCUAUUGAGAUAACCAUAUGAUUUUUGUUCUUUGGUUUGUUAAUGUGGUGCAUCACAUUUAUUGGUUUGUGAAUGUUGAACCAUUCCUGCAUACCAGAGAUAAAUCCCAGUUGGUCUUUGUGAUGUGUUCUUGGAUUCAAUUAGCAAAUAAUUUAUUGAGGAUGUUCGCACCUAUGUUCAUCAGCGAUAUUCGUCUGUAGUUCUCUUUCUUGUUCAGGAAUUAAGGUCACAAUAUUUUUGUUGCCAAAAUGAAUAUAACCUUUGAGAAGAAUAAUUUAGAAAAUAAUUUUAAUAAUUAAUAAUAAUUUUUAAUAAAUACACCAUAAAUGAUAAAGCUUAGCCAUGGAAAGGUUUGUUACUAAUCUGAGGUCACAUAGCUCACACAAGAAAUCAGAAUCUUCUAUAGACAUUAUAUCAAUAGUCUGAAGAUUUUCUCCUAAUGCAAAAUAAAGAACAAUACAUAGCACAUAUCUAUUCAGCCUAUGAGUCAUAUGCUUAAAUUUUAAAUGGGUUAUAUUGAUUAGUAUCUAAGUGAUAAUACAAUUCAGUUUAAUACAUGGAUCAACCUAAGGUUAUUGCUUUAUUUAGGGUGAAGGAGAGAAUUUUUUUUUCUCUCCAGCAAGUGCAGUCAUUUUGGUCUCACAUUGUUUUGGUGCCAAGAUGUGAUGAAUUGAGAGCAAUGUAGCAAAUUCUCCUCCUUUAUAGGUAUGCACUUUUGUUUUCUGCUGUGUUUAUUUUAAACUAAAUCAAAUUGGCUUGAAUGGGAGAUUCCAGGGUAUCCUCUUAAGAGAUUAGACCAGUUAGACAAAUGUGGGCUUAGUGAGACAGCCAUGUUUAGCAGAAAUCCAGUUCUGUUUAAGUAUAAAAGGAGGUUUAGUGGUCUGAAAGAGCUGACGUUAACUCGUGGUUCUAGUACCAACUAGCUAUGUGACCUCAGAUUAGUAACAAACCUUUCCAUGGCUAAGCUUUAUCAUUUAUGGUGUAGUAAAAAACAGUGCCCUAUCAAUCAGUAUUCUAUGUGAAAACCAAUACUAACCAACUAUAAAUAAUUUAUACCAAAAGAGAUUUAUUAUGUGUUAAGUGCUAACAACAUCAAAAAGAGGCUGAGAAAACAGACUUGAGAACACACAGGGGACAAGGCAACACUGGAGGUCCAAAAGGUAGAAACUUGGAAACAGCAUAGAGCUGAUUGGGCCAGGCUCCACUGCUACUUCCAUAGUAGUAAUAAGAAAUAGCUUUCAGUCUACCUGGGAGAUUUCAAAUACCAGACAAGAGCUUCUUGGUCACUAAAUGUAGGUCAUUAUUCCUGCUCCCUGUGUUGUCUCAGACAGAAAAAUAGAAAAUUUGCUUCCCUUGGCUUGUAUUGAGAAACCUCUUCAUCAUUAAUACAUCCACCAAAGCUACAUAUAAUACGGGAGAAGUAAGUCUUCAGUGAAAAGAACAUGGGGUAUGUUCAUGCCCCUGCAUUCUCUCAUUUAAUUUUCAAAAGAACCCUGUAACAUAUUUAAAUCUCAGGAGACAAACUCAGAAGGAGUAAAUGACUUUCCAAAUUUACAUGAAUAGUAGGUAAAGUGACAAAGCCAGUUCCCAAUGUUUAAUACAUCAUCUUUGUAGGAAAGAAAACUUAGAAUUUUAUUGAAUUUCAAAUGGUCUGAUAUUUCUGUUUGUGUUAGUAGUUGCAGGCAACAGAUCCUCAAAGACAGGAAUCUAGGGUGAGUUACCUUUGAAGUCACGAGGGAUCUACUACUAACAGAAGAGUGAUACUGAUAGUUCAAAGUACAUGUUUGCAAAGAUGACAAAGGUAGUGGGUUAAUGUAGCCAAAAAAUGGGAUAAAGAAUCUGAUUCUGUGUUACUGCACGACAAUGUAGGUAGAAAGUAUAGCACUAUUUGGAAAAUAAUAAUUACUAGAAAUUGUACAAAAUCUUUGAAGAAGAUUCAGAAACCUUCAAUAUCACAAACUCUCAUUUCAGGACCUCACACAUGAAUCAAAGCAAAUUGAAGUUGCAAAAUUUGCUGUGACUUUUUAUAAGGAUUUAGGGCUGGCAAAAUUGUUUGAUAAGAUUGUAUUGAAAGAUUCAGGGCUGGCUCCAGGAUUGGUUCUGAAGACAAUAUUACCCAUCUUCCCACCAACGAAACUAAUACUUUGGCUGAUGUUGGGAAACAAAAGCUGUACCUAAAUUUUAAUCUGGAGACAGCAAGCAGUAACCAGAGCCACACCACUUCUGUAAGAUUUACAAGCAGAAAAGUGAACCACACACCACUCCUUCCCUCUCUAUUUAAGCUCUAAACCCCAGUCUUAAACAUAUACCUCCUUCUGAUUUGUGGGACAUAAAUCAUGUCUGGAAACCUAACUCCAGAUCUCUAUAGGACAGGAAGAAACAUCAGAAGGAUAUUGGAGGAGCUGGCACUGUGGCAUAGUGGGUAAAGCCACUGCCUGCAGUGCUGGCAUCCCAUUUGGGUGCCAGUUCUAGUCCCGGCUGCUCCUCUUCCAAUCCAGCUCUCUGCUAUGGCCUGGGAAAACAGAAGAUAGCCCAAGUCCUUGGGCCCCUGCACACACAUGGGAGACCCAGAGGAAGCUCCUGGCUCUUGGCUUUGGAUUGGCUCAGCUCCAGCCAUUGUGGCCAACUGGAGAGUGAAUCAGCAGAUGGAAGACCUCUCUCUCUGUGUCUCUCUCUCCUCUCUCUCUGCUUCUCCUUCUCUCUCUGUGUAACUCUUUCAGAUAAAUAAAAGAAUCUUUUUUUUUAAAAAAAGAAGGAUAUUGGAAGAAAUGUCAAGUAAGCUAAUUUGUAAUAUACACAUUAUUAGCAUCUUUUAAGGAAAUGUGUUCAAAUAAAAAAUAUGAUGAGUUGCUGAAAAUUUAUUACAUUGUAAAGAAAAUUAAUGGGCAUAUACAAUCUCUUGAAUUUCAAGAAAAAGUAAUUUUUCUUACCAGAGGGAAUGUUUUCUCAUUUUUACAAAAAUAGUUUUAAUGCAUGCUAAGAUGUUCAUACACUAUAGCAAGCUACUCAUACCGUAAGCAGUUUCUGAGCAAAGCUUUGUUAUUCAUAAAUCAGUAAUAUUUACUCCUAGGCUGGUUCAUUAUUUUCAUUUUGAGCCAUCUCGCGCAGCUUUAGUAUUAGUCAAUUUGGCUAAUGUUACAAAAAUGGGGGUAAAUAGUGUGAAACAGAGUGUGCAAACUCAGGCUUGAAAGACCUGGGUUAUGAGUGAAUAAAUGACUUGUGGAAUUUAGAAUAACAAUGUGUAAAAGGCAUGAAACUCUGAAACCAAGAUGAUUAGAGGGGCUCCAACUUAAAAGGUUCAGAGAACAAAAUACACAUCAGCAGAGGGCUCCUGUGUAGUUACAGAUAUUAUACUAAAAUGAUAUGCCUGGAGACACAGUAAGGGACAGAGGAAGGAAAGCAGUCCCUCGGUAGAUGGGAAGGAUGUUAUUGUGGCAUUAGGCAAGGUGUUACCAUGUAGGAUUAUUUCGCAAGAACUCCUGAUUCUGCUCUGUAGGGCUCUCAUGAUGAUUACCAGGGAUUACCUCCAAAAAAGGUGGAGUAGCCUCAGGAAGAAAAGGCUUGAUAUUUUUAGAGCAAAUCUUUCAUUUUCAAACAACUUUAAAGGUAUAAAAAAGUUCUACUAUAUGCAUUUUGUCUCUUAGUUGUACAGUCUGCAUAUGGAGUAGAAUUUGGUCAAAACCCUUCCCACUGCUGAAAUACCUUUGUGUUUUGGACAAUUGAGAAAAUACAGUCCUAUCCUUGACCAUUGUCUCAAGCCUAUUGUAUAGAGUACUAUGGAGGAAAAGGCAACUGAAAAUUUGGGAGACCCUAUGGUUCUGCAUAAUAAUAGAAAAUUAACUACAUCAUUUAUUGAUUUGUUAACUGUGUUACAUAUUUGACAUAAAUUAGAAUGCUUGUUUUUUUCUCUCUAGUUCUUUUCUUUUUUGCAUACAGAACAAAAAUAAUUUCUGAGAUGUCUAUUUCAGACUCAAAUAACAGACCCUUAGAGAAAUAUUCUUUGAAGAACCAACAUUUUAAUAGUUGGCGCAUAUUAGCAGCAUAAAGUUUCCAGAGAUGAAAGUACUAAGACCUGCUCUGUGCCUUGUAGGGUAUGUUUGAUUCUGUCACCUGGCUUGAGAAUGUGCUUGCCGUCACUGAAACAUCAGCUGGAUGUCCUCAAUUUUUUCAUAUUCUUCCCAUGUCUAAAAAGACAGGUUAAAUUUUGCCUUCUUUCCCAUGCAGAUAGCAUGGUGAGAGGGAGAAAAUAAUUGUAAAAACAAGUCAGUUAAAGAAGUGCUACACAAAAUACAUAAAGACCUCUCUAAAAUGCAACAAUAAAAACCACCUGAUUUUUAAAAUGGUCAAAAAAUUUAACAAACACUUAACCAAAAUAAUAAUAAUAAUACUAGUAAUAAUAAUAAUACAAAAUCGGCAAAAUAGCAUCUGAAAAGAAGUUCUACGUUGUGCUAAUGUGAAAUGGUACGGUUUGGUGAUUUCUUAUAAAACUGAACAUAUGAUCCAGAAAUUGCAUCCUUGAUAUUUAUCCAAAGGAGAUGAAAAUUUUUUGCAUACAAACUCCUGCACACCAAUGUUUAUAGCAGUUUUUAUUCAUAAUUGCCAAAGCUUGGAAGCAACCAAGAUAUCCUUUAGUAGGUGAUUGGAUAAAUAAACUGUCACAUAUCCAGAUAGUUGAAUGUUAUCUAGUGCUAAAAGGAAAUGAGCUAUCAAGCUAUAUUAAGAAAUUGAGGAAAGUUAAACACAUUUUAAGCAGUGAAAGAAGCCAACCUGAAAAGGCUACAUACUGUAUGAUUCCAAUCAUAUAAUAUUCUAGAAAACACAAAAUUGUGACAAUAGUAAGGAGAUCAGUGAUUGCCAAUGGCGAGGGGAAUGGCUUGGUUUAUAAGCAGAGCACAGUGGGUUUUCAGGUCAGUAUAAUAGCUACACUAUUAUAGUGGAUUCAAGGCAGUAAAUGAAGGGGCUUCAAAACCCUGUAGAAAUGAAAAUAAAGAAUAAUAUGCACUUUCCAUGAACUUUUUGAGGACUUCUCAUCAAUUUAUCCAAACCCAUAGAAUGUACAUUAAGAGUGAACUGUAGCCGGCGCCGCGGCUCACUAGGCUAAUCCUCCGCCUUGUGGCGCCGGCACACUGGGUUCUAGUCCCGGUCAGGGCGCCGGAUUCAGUCCCAGUUGCCCCUCUUCCAGGCCAGCUCUCUGCUGUGGCCAGGGAGUGCAGUGGAGGAUGGCCCAAGUACUUGGACCCUGCACCCGAUGGGAGAUCAGGAUAAGUACCUGGCUCCUGCCAUCGGAUCAGUGCAGUGCGUCGGCCGCGCCGGCCGCGGUGGCCAUUGGAGGGUGAACCAACGGCAAAGGAAGACCUUUCUCUCUGUCUCUCUUUCACUGUCCACUCUGCCUGUCAAAAAAAAAAAAAAAAAAGAGUGAACUGUAAACUCUGAAUUUUGGGGGAUAAUGAUAUAUCAACAUAAGUUCAUCAACUGCAACAAAUGUUCGGCUCUUGUGGAGGAUGUUGGUAAUGGGGGAAGCUAUGUGUAUGUCAGGGGAGGAAGUAUGAGGACUAUCCCUGUACCUUCUGCGAAUAUUGUAAAUGGAAGUAUUCUUUAAAAAAUAAAGUUUGUUUAAGAAGGUGACAAAAAUCACCACGAACAAAAAUUGUACAGUAAGUGAUAAGACCCGAGGGGAAGAGGAUAAGAAACGGAGUGAAUCUAACUUUUCUCUCUUUUCCAUCUGCUCCAGCAUACAAUUAUUUCUAUUAAAUGGAAAAUCUAAGGUAGUCAUGGUCAAAAUCAUAUCCAUCAUCUCACUGGAAUGACCUCAAUCUUGGGGACAAUCAUUUAAUCAGUAAAUUUUGUGCCUGCUAUUUAGAAAACACUCUGUAAAAUAUUUUCAUUUGUCAAAAAAUUUCAGCCAAGUUGUCAUCUCCAUACAUUAAAAGUUUAUUUUGUUCUAUUGUGUUUUCCAUGGCAAUUGGAAAUAGAAUUUCAUAUAAGAAAAAUUUGUACCAAAUUAAUGUGGCAGCACAAAGAAUUCUUAAUGAGCUAGGAGUAGUUCCUUUUUGUUUUUCACUGUGAUUUUGCAUCUUAUAUGGGCCUCAGUUUCUCCAGCCCUGAAAAAAGAAGUUGACCUGAAAGGCUUAGAUUUGUAUAAUCUUAUGCCAAUUUAUUCAGCUGCAGAAGUAUGGAAAAUUAUUAGUACUAUUGGAUGGAGGCUGACAAUGUAUUUUUGAAAAGAAAACUUACACUGAGGAUUCAGCAAUAAAUUGUUGUCUGAGAAGAUUUCAGUUGCACACACUUUCUGGUAAUAUCCAUUAUAUUAAAGGCCAUUUGUGAGGUUUCCAUAUGUUGAUUUAUUCUAGUCUGGGAUUGCUUUUUGAAGGGAUAAUCUCAUUUAUGAUAUUGCCUUUUUAAGAUGGAGAAGCAUUAUAAAAAAAGAUAAAUUUGCACUGCCAACAAAAUGCAAAUGACCACUAUUUUGAAGAAAUAAUUUCAAGGCUUUAUUUUAUACAGAUGUAUAUAGGUAUCCAUAUAUGUUUAAAGGUUACAGGCAAUAGCAAUAAAUAAAAUUAGUUGACCUAAGGAAUGAAAAAAUAACAUUAUAUGAAGAGAAAUAGUGUCUCACUUGUACUAAAGGUUAACAUCCAGCUGAUAUUUUAUCCAUGUAUCCAAAAGGAGUCACUUUUUAAAAUAUUCAGAUCACCCUAAAAUUGAUGUACAUGAAGCCUGAAGUACUGAAAUAGAAUGGAAAGCUGAUCUUGGCAAAACUAAUUCUCAGUCAAGGCUCCAAGUGCAUACACUCAUUAAGAAGAAUGUGGUAAUGGUUAAUCAUUUCCUGAAAAGUCUAUAUAGUUUUCAAGUUUAUGUACUUAUAAAACAUACUAGUUGUUUAAGUAAUCUACACUUUUUUCUCUUCACUCCUGAGGAAUUGGAAUCCAAUGAAGGAAAUUGUUAGUGAAAGUGACAUUUUAAAAACCCUUUUGGAUCCUGCUAUUAUAGAAAUUACUGUUAAAUUGUAGGUACUUUCAUUUAUUCUGUCUGUUUUAAGCCAAAAGCCAGAAAAUCUUAGCCACUUAAAAUCCACUGCUGAGUGCGGCUUUUGAACAGAGAUGGAACAUAUCUGACAUCAUUGUUGCAGCUUAGCCUCUCUUUCUGAGCCUGAACCAGGCUUUAAGCGCCUCAUCACAGCACACCUGGUCUCCGUCACCAGUGAGUAAAACUUGGCGCUGAAGAUAAAACCUUGAAUAGUGCCACCUUAAAUAUUCGAUACAUUUAUAAGUAAAUAUCUACACACACACUUGCUUCAUUGAAGUGAGCCAUCUCUGGAAAUUAAUAUACUGGUGAUAACAUCAUUUAUACCAUGGAAUAUCACAAUACUUCCUAAAUGGACUUCAUAUUACUACUGUUUCUCCCUUACAAUCUAUGUCCAAAUUUUAAAAUGAAUCUAUUCCUAAUUUUUAAAAACAUGUCAUUCCUCUUAUUAAAACUCUCCAGAAGUCUCCCUUUGGGAGUAAAUAUCCAGGACCUACAAUAAGCUGAAAACACCUUGAUGUUCUGGGAUCCUAUCAUAUCUCUGUCUUCCACCAGUGACCACUCACCUCCAAUCAGACUGUCUCUGUGCUAUUGCUAGAACAGGCCACGCCAGCUGGACUUCGUCUUAUACCCUUUUCCUAGACUGUUCCACCUCCUGGAACAUACUUCCUCAAAAUAUUCACAUGGCUUCUCACAGACUCUCAAAUGCCCCUUUGAGUGUGAUCUACCCUAACCACUUUUUUUUUUUACCUGAUUGCAUUCCACCUUACUAAUUUCAUUGUUUACCUUACUGGGAGGAAAUAUUUCCGUCCUUUUUUCUUUCUCCCUCCUUGCCCAGAAUGUACCUUUUAUCAAAGCAGUGCUUUAUUCACAACUCUAUUCCAGGCAGCAUCUAGUGAGCUAUUAUUUGUUGAAUUGAUGCAUACAUGACUCAAUGGAUUAAUAACAGCUGCCCACAGAAUAGAGACAGGAACAGAUGUAAAGUAGAGUUUUGAGUGAUAAACACAACUUCUGCAUGCCGUGUCCAAUCUGGAGGCUCGUUUUCUGUGGAUUAAAAGUGAUAGAUAUCACAACAUGUGUAUUUUAUAAAAAGCCACCUGCACAUCCUUAAAUGGCACAAAUUUCCUUGCAAAACUAAGGAAAUAAGAAUUAAAAAUGCAAAGACAGAACAAAAAAAGAUGUCUUAGUCAUAUCAUUUGAACCUGGGGUUUGUUUAAAAUAAUGAAUACUUUCUUCACAAUAUAAGUAUUUUUUAUCAGAAAAGUUCGUGAAUUACAUAAAUAUUUUUCACUGUUUCCUACCACUUAACAAUUUGUUCUGUUUUAUUUAGAAGGCUGAAUUGUGACAGAUGUUUUAUUCCUCUCCUGUUUAGUAAAACAUGCUAUAUCUCUGGUAUUUAAAAGAAAGAAUGUAACUUUUACCUAUAAUGUGACCAUGAAGCAUUUCUGCACUAGGCAAAUAAUAGAAAAAAAGCAGCAAAUAGUUUAAUGAAAUUUCAUACUUUAAAAAAUACCCUCUCAAAUAAAUGCUGAAAAGUCAGAGGUGGAGAACCAAGGAAAUCAGUUCCUAAGAUUCUGGACUACCCGUUAAUGAUGGGCACCCAGUGCACUCGGCUCUGGGGCUGCUGAUGGCGGAGCACAGGGCAGAGAGUGUGGGAAGGGCUAUGCUCCCGCUUUUGGAAGUGCUUCUUGCACUGACGCGGUUUGUGUUCUCAGGCAAGAACUACAUUCAUUCCUUUGUCUAGGAAAGGCUUCGAAUAGUUCUUACUGCCUUAAGUUAUAAAAUGAAUAUUUUUACAUAAAAUAAGCAGGCAAAACAGUUAUGAUGAUGCUUAUCUUUUAAUAAGCAUUAAAUGUUGUUAUUAUAUAAAAUAAAGGAAUUAAGGCUUAGCAGAAAGAGCCUAGGAUUUGGAUGUGAAAAGAGCCAAUCAGACUUAUUCUUCAAUCUCUAGUAGCUGUAAGACUUUUUGGUAAGUUACUUAACCCGCCUGGGCCCCUGUUUCAUUUAUUCUAAAUAAUCAGUAAGAAUCCCUGCCUCUCAGAACUCUGAGACAUUCAGAAAUUAGGUAUGUAAGAUGCUAACUGUAGUGCUUGGUGUGGCCAUGAUUCAUAAGUCUUUCUUUUAAAUAUUGCUUCUUGUGUUUUCAUCAGACACAGUUCCAUUUGUCUGCCAGUGGGUUCUGAGGCACCAAAGUGCUGUGAAGAUAAGCAAAGAUUCAGACAGUAGACAUCCUAUGUUUUAACUUAGUGCUAUAACUUCAUUCAUUCAUUCAACAAAUAUGAAUUGCCUAUAAUUUGUGUCAUCAGGGCCACAGGUGCAGGACCACAGCAGAAAACAAAAAUCCUGACACCCUUAUGGAGCUCCUCUUCUAACAGUAGGGGACAAACAAAAUAUACCAUGAGUAAGUAAGUUAUACAGUAUGUUAGAAUGUGGUGCAUUCUAUCUGAGAUAGAGUUGGGAGGAAUAAAAAGGAAGAGCAGUGAGUAGAACAAACAGAAUAGGUUGAGAGUUUGCUGUUUUAUGUAUUAGUUCCCUUUUAUCUGAAAAUGUUAGCAAAUUAUUUAACCCCUCUGUCAUCCAUCUCUUGAUCUAUAAAAUGACAGAGUUAAUAUAACCAAGUCCAUGUGACAGUAUUGAGGCUUACAAUGCCUGGCACAGUAAAUUUCCAUCAGGUUUUAGCUGUUUUAUUAGUCUUAGGAAUUUGGGAAAUAUGGUCACUGUAUUUAUACGGAUUGGCUGCAACGUAGUCAAGCCAUUCUAGUGAUUCAAUCUCUACUGUUUCAAAAGCCCGAAAAUGUUACAAGUCAGCCCUCCUUGAGAAUUCAAUUCUCUUUGAGAAUUUUAUAACCAAGCAAAUUUAUAAGAAACUUGUAAAAAAGAAAAAUGAUAUUCAAAACAUACUAAACAAUUGUGUGGCCAUGGCUCAGUAACAAAAGCAAUCACAGUGCCUCUCAGAAGCUUUCAUAAGGAAUACUCCCACAAUAAACAACAAAAUCAAUGACAGCGUUAAUUACCUAUUGGCAGGGAAAGAAGAUUCCCUAACAACUAGAGUCUCUGAUUUUCUCUUGAAUGAGAGCCUGCAAAUAGUUUCAAGUACAUCAAAUACCUAUAAAUAAAGAUUUUACACAAGAGAUGUUUAAGCCAUAACUCAAUUGGACCAAGAUUGGUGUGAAAACAGUUUCCCAGAAGCAAAGUUUUCUCCCUGAAACGAAUAUUUACCUUAAUUUUCCAUCACAAUGUAGGAAUGAGUGUCAGAAGGACCUAAUAAAAAAUGAAUAAAUAACACCUAGAUUCCUAUUCAAUAUUUUGCCUGUCUAGAAAAGAAAACAAGCAAGUGAGACAUACUUUUAUAAUGACAUUUUUCUACUGAUUGAUUCUACUGGAUAGUGAAUUUAUCUGGAUUACAUCUAACCAGCUAAAAUGGAAUGCUGAUUUUCUGAUUUGUUUUCAGUCCCACGUUCAGGUUAUGCUGUAGUGCUUCAGUGCUUAAGAGACAUGUAGUGAGUGAAAAAAAAGAGGGAGCAGGAACAAGACAGUAGGGAGCGAAUCCAGGUCAACCAAAGCACCAUAAUGAAAAAUCAUUAGCACUGAUUCAAUUUAUCAGUAUAGCCAAUCAGCCUUGAGGAAGAGUAGAGUUAAUAUUUGGAAAUUCAUAAAGCCAGGUAAGGUUAUUUAAUAUAUAAGAUUUUUAUAAUAAUAAAGUGAAAUGAUCAUUUCUAACUAGUUCACAUAUAAAAAUAUUUUAUUAAUAAAGUAGCUUUUAUGCUUCCAUUGCACAUUUUAAAUGUGAUAAGAAAGGGUUUGUAGAACUAUUCUGGCUGUAAUUUUAAGUGUCAGGUAAAAACAAAAUGGCUUAAUAAAUGGAAUAUGUUGGUUUGUGUAACCGAAUAGGUAACAGAUACUAGCUUUAGGUGAGAUUUCAUCUCGCUGUUUGUGGCGGGUCUCAGAGACAGCAUUUUCUCUUGUCUAUCUUGCUGCAUGUGCUCUUCAUCCCUAGACACCACCACUAAUACCAAAUUGUAGUUCUCUAAAUGAUAAAGCAGUCACAGGCCUCCCUCACUCACCCAGGGUCACGAGGGAACAGGGAGGGAGGAGAUGGUGGCUUUCAGUUCCUCUCACAUUCUGAGACUUGCUUUCCGCUCUGUGGUCCAAAUUGGUUCAUUAACUCUUUACUAUGUCCAGAGUAAUAGGCUAUGCUGACAUCUUAAGCCAGGUCAAGAAUCAAUGCCACUCUGAUCAGAGAAGAAGAGCACAGUUUCUAAAUGACUCAGAGCACAGUGUUAUUGUGGGCAAAGGCAAAGAAGGCAGACAUGGAAAAGGCAACAAAAACAUCCUUUUUAAAGUGUUAAACCUGUCAGCCACUAAAAAUAUGAUUUUGUGUGACAGUAGAGAGUGUUGGUGUAUUCACAAGCAGCUGUUGUGACUGUGAAUUAUUUUUCAUAGACUGGAAAAGGGAGUCCAUGGGCUAGAUCAAGAAAUCUGCCAAAGGCCACACAAAGGCAUUUCUGGUUUUGCUCUUGAGGAUUUUUGUAGGAUUUUAAUCAGGGGAAAAACAUGUUGGCCUUGACCUUCUUUAGAAUGGUUGUGGUGUUUUUUAUAUCACACACACACAUGUAUGCACACUACAUCUUGGCUUUGCCACAGUUAUUGUAUUUUUUAAUAGCAGAAGAAGUCAAUACUGUAAGAGAAUGACAGUUCCCGGAGAACAAAGACUGGGACAAAGGAUAAAGGCACACAUUCAUCUUGUAAGAAGCCCAUAGGGGGAGAAAAACUGCCCCAAUUCAACAGAGACUGUCCUUGGCUUAUUUGAAGAGAAAACACUGAUAAAAAUGAUACAAGAAAAGUACAACAUCACUGCAAUAUUUUUUUACUUCUCUUGCCCUCAGGCUUCCUACAGGUUUUGAUCUUUAACUUUGUGUAUCAAAAACUACAUUUCCCAGAGUGAAAUAUCAUUGUCUAACUAUGGGGAUAUCUUCUCAGUCUCUCAACAAGGCGUCUGAGAUCAAAUGCCAAAAUGUCUAUGGAAAACAAAUAUAGCAAAGCAACGAUAAUCUACCAGGGAAACAAAAUACCUCCAGCAAAAGGGUCAUGGAGGUUCAAUGAGGGCUUCCCCUCUGCCAACCCUGCUUUUCCUUAAAAGCACCCUUCUAUCCAUCUGGCAUCAAUGGCAGCUAACCCACCUAGAGUAACUGAACACUUUCUCCCAUCAAUUCACUAGACAGGAGUAAAUAAAAGGUGAAAGAGGAAGUCCCAGCCAAGCAGGGAGGGUGGCAGCCAGCCACGCUGCAGGCAUAAACAGUACUAUUAGAAGCAAGACACGCGGGCUCAGGAGGAGGCGAGAGUCAGGCAACACUAACUUGCCUUCAGCACUCUGGUGGUCUCAAGGGAGACAAUUAACGCAGUGUCACCAGAAGCAAACCUCAGCCUUUGACCAGUCCCCGUGAAAGGCGAAAAAUAGCUUUUCAUACACAGUUGUCAAGAAACCUGCUGAACAAAAGCAUCUGCCAAAUCUUCUGCCCUAAAGUUGGAAUUCCGAUGAAAGUCAACAGAAUUUGUUGCUAAAUCACAAAUAAAAGCAGUCUUUGAAAUAUCUGCCAGAUCCCUCCUAUUAUCAGUAUUAAGCAAGAAUAUCUAUUUUGGUUGUUCUUUUUUUUUUCUAGUUUAAAGCUGCAAAGGUUAAGAAAAUCUUUAAUAUAUGAGAUACUCUCCAAAACCCUCAGUUAGAAUGAAAAUUGAUUCACAGACAAGAUUCUUCCCAUGUGGAUAUAAGCUACUACUUAGCUACAUUUGCCCUUUGUAGGCAAAUCAUAGCGAAGGAAAUAACUGAAUUAUGCACGAAUGAAGGAUUUUUGUUUCACCUGGUUUAAUUCGGAAGGUUCCCAAAAAUCACCCUCUGUUUUGCUAAUUUACCAGAGGAACUUAUACAACUCACUGAAAACUGAUGUACUCAUGAUUGUAUAUUACAGCUAAAGGUUAUAUAUAUUUUUUAUUUAUUUACUUGAGAGGUAGAGUUACAGACAAUGAUAGAGAGAGACAGAGAGAAAGGUCUUGCAUCGGAUGGUUCACCCCCCCAAAUGGCCGCAAUGGCUGGAGCUAUGCCUAUCGGAAGCCAGGAGCCAGGAGCCUCUUCCAGGUCUCCCACGUGGGUGCAGGUACCCAAGCACUUGGGCCAUCCUCCACUGCCUUCCUGGGCCACAGCAGAAAGCUGGACUGCAAGAGGAGCAACUGGGACUAGAACCGGCACCCAUAUGGGAUGUCAACGCCACAGGCGGAGGAUUAACCUAGUGCACCACGGCGCCAGCCCCUAAAGGUUACGUAUUAAAAUCAGCACUGGGAAGACUCCAAAAGAAAGUUCCAAACAUGGAGCUUCCAUUGUCCUCUAUGGAGUCAUAAACAGCACUUUCUCAGUUUUCGUAUGGGGCUUAAUGAACAGAGCAUUUAUUGCUAACCAAGGAAGCUCACUUGAAUCUUGGUGUCUACUGAGGUUCCAUGAUACAAACACAAUUGACUGCCCAUGUGGCUUUUCCAGCUUCCAGUUGCUCCAGAGGUCAAGCUGAUACCAUCUGAUCCAAAACCAGACUCGAAAUCACAUGGCUGCUGUGACUUAAGACUCACAUCCCACAUUACUACCAACUGUCCUAAGGUAUUCAGACUCUCCCAUCAGGCAUAACAUUCCAGGAGUUUAGAGAUUAUCUCCUAGAAGCCAAAGGGAAAACCAGAGCUUUCGUUGCAGAAGGUUAAAAUAGUUAAACACCAGAAAAAAUAUGAAACAUCAAAUACUAUUUCUCUUAUUAAAUAUUAAUUUUUGUUGUCAAAAAUGACAGUUGAAGGCAUGAAAAGUGUGAGAGAUGAGAAACACAGCAUCUACCCUAUGCCAUUUAAGUUCUCAAUUUCCUUCAUUGUUAUCUUUACCAAAUAAGAAGUUUAACAAGUUAAAAGCAAAAAGACCAUAGUUUAGUGGAAAUACAGACUGUGGAAAUGUAUAUUAUCAAAAAAGUACAUAUGGAUUUGAAAAUUUUUGCACCAAAAUAAAGCCAACUUUUAAUUCUAUUAUUCCACAAACAUUUUUUAAGUUCUCUCAUAAACCAUGUUCUGUAUCCACCAUUGUUGCUUUUAUAUCAUUCUCCCCUCUGGGUUAACUCUUGUCUCUGCUCAAAUUUAUUUUUUGGUUAAUUCAGUGUGAGUCUGAGGAUGGCAAGUUUUUUUAUCCUAUGUGUGUCUGAAAGUUUGUUCAGGAUUUUCUGAUGACGGUUGUGUUAACUCAGAGUUCAAUUGGCAUAGAGCAGUUCUGAACAGUGGAAAUAUUACUGAGCAUCAAACUUUAUUAAUGAUUUAAAAGAUACAGGCAAGAGCAGGCUAUGGGAAGACAUUCAUUUCCUGCAGGAACGCACAAACAAAUGUAGCUUCCAAAAAUGUUCCUUUCUUCAGAAUGUGUUGAGUAAUAUUGGGUAACAUAUGCCCAUUGUUCACAAAAGAAUCCAUUAGAUAUUUGAAGCUCAUUGAUUUUCUACUCCAAUAAUUACAAAUGUAGCUGAUUGCUUAGAUGGUUUUCAAUCUUCCCCACAUCCUGUUAUCCUGCAAGUUAUGCCCCAGACAUCUGUAAGGUCCAAGUUAAUUUACAAUAAGCAAAUCUAGUUGUACCAAAUACUUCCUAUGAAGAACAUUUUCUUCAUAAAGACUCCUUAUGUGUGUUAAAUACUAUUAUCAUACUACAAAGACAACUGUUCAAAGUCAUUGGUGUGUUGAUAAAGAAAUACUCUGGAGUGGGGGCGGCGCUGUGGCACAGUGGGUUAAUCCUCUGUCUGCAGUGCCGGCAGCCAAUAUGGACGCCGGUACUGGUCCCAGCUGCUCCUCUUGCAAUUCAGCUCUCUGCUAUGGCCUGGGAAAGUAGUAGAGGAUGGCCCAAGUGCUUGGGCCCCUGCACCCAUGUGGGAGACCAGAGGAAGCUUCUGUCUCCUGGCUUCGGAUUGGCAUAGCUCCGGCCAUUGCAGCCAUCUGGGGAGUGAACCAGCGAGUGGAAGACCUUUCUCUCUGUCUCUCCCUCUCACUGUCUAUAACAAUAUCUCUCAAAUAAAUACAUAAAAAUCUAAAAAAAAAAAAAAAAGUACACUGGAGGGCCAUUCCUGUGCCCUGGAUACACCAUUUUGAGAAUUUGUGAGUUGGAGAUACUGCCUUUUUUUUUUUUUUUU